GACAACCACUCUUGCCUCUCCAUUAAAGACGACUCCAAGCAUAGACUGCUAGAGGUGAGUUAUCCAUCUGUUAAACCACUCCAAUCAGACACACUGGCUAGUUUUAGUAGCUCUAUUAGUUACAGAUCGAGGAUCCAUUCCCCACUAGUCCUAACCUUAAACAUUAGAGGGGAAAAUGUCAAACUAAACCCUAGAUCAGUGGCAACCAAUCAGAAGCUCCUAUGAUGAUCUCAGUCCAUUCUGAUUUGGCCUCAUGUAACAUUCUGGCCAGUCAUACUAGGUUAAAGCUAUCUUACUGAUGUCAGCCAUUUUUGAAACCGCCCAUAAAACACAGAGAGACAUGGUUAACAGACUCCUAACGAGAUAAUGGGCCAUGUUAAAGCCUCUAUGACCUUCUCAGAGCUCUCUCUCCCAGUUCUUCAUGGUGGCGGCUUUUGAUAGGCCCACUGGAACCAGUGUGAAGGAUAGGCUCAUUGUUUCACAGUUUUUCCUGUCUACUGUGCUGUAUAAUGGUGCACUGGUGUCUAGUUAGCAUGUAUAGUGCCAGAGAGGGAGGUGCUUUCAUCUGAAAAUGUUUGUUAGUAAUGAUGUUUUUAAAAUGGUCCAAAUCUGGCAUGGAGGACUGAUCUCAAUAUUAAACCUCUUUUGAGAUAUACAAAUCUCAGACAAACUUUAAUUGUUGUGAGAACAACUAUCCCUUUAAGUAUUGUUGUGUUACGGCAGGACAAGCUCUAUAAGUUCAUUGAAGCUAUCACAACCCCCUAGACACACUACUCACCUCCUCUGAGCAUACCUAGGGUCUGACAGCAUCACCACUGUGGCGCAGUCAGCCACCCCUCUCUCAUACUGCAUUUGGUAUUAGAGCCAACAGUAAACUGUUAAUGCACAGCAAAGUCGCCCUGCCACUGUUUUGAUCCCCACUCACAUUCUAAUUGAGUCCAUAGAAACUGGUGUACUCUGGAGGAGUGUGGUUAGGUGGGUCAGAGUGAGCUUGCCUCUGUUAGUCUGUUAGUCAGCUGGACAUACCAUGAAAUACCAUAUUUUGAUGAAUCUUAGAUGAAGUUCUGUAAAUAUGGUCAGAAAUAGAGUCUUAAGUCUAGUUUUCUGCGUUAAGCCCCAUCCUGCCAUCAUUACGCCAUCGUUGUCUGUUUUUCUAAUCCCUCACCACCCCUCCAUUUUAGGCUGUUGUUGUUUCCCCUCUGAGCAGAGCAGAGCUUCACCCUCUCAUUUCCUCCUCCUCUCAGCCACAUAAACAGGACAGGUAUUUUUGGAAGCGGAUGUCUGUGGGGGAACCAUUGUUUUCUUUAACCCCUGAGUGUGUGUGUCACUUCCUGUCCCCCAGAAUGCUGCUUCCUGUCCAAGCCUUAUGGCAGAGAAUGUUGCACCUUCGCCCUCGGGGAUGACCCAGGACUUCACCCUGUUGCUAAGCAAUGUGGAGCAGGUACAAUAUACACUAGCCCCUGUUAAAUACUAUCCUAAAUGUGGUACAGUCGGAUAGGAGUGAAGUAAUUCAGGCUCUUAGAGGGAGAUUCGUGGGAAUGAUAGUGAACCCCUCAAUGAUUGCUCUAUGGGAAUGAGCUGAGACAUCUGCUGUAACUGUGUGGGAUAGGUUAGAAUCAGAAUGAUGAAUGGCUUUAACUCUGCACUUAUUUGAAACACCUUUUAGCUGUCUGUUCACACCAGGUUCUCUGAUAUCUUAUCUCUCAGUAGAUAUACAGGCAUUCACAGACAUAUGGAGACAUUCAAAGAACACAUAGCAAUCUUUAGUACUAUUUGCCCUAUCUUUUCACUUUUAGACACGUUCUACCUUCAGACGCUGAUUUCAGAUCAGUCUGUAUAACCCAAAUCCUAACCUCAACAUAUUGGAGGAAAAAAAAGCUGAUCUUGUAUCAGUGAUGAGGGUCUGACUCUGUUAGCUUGUGACAUUCCAUCUCUGACUAGUUGCCAGGUCUGGUCAGUCAUAACCGUAACCCUGUGCCCUUUCACACACUCUCUGACUGGGUUUCUAUGGCGACAGACAGUUUGUCACACAUACACACAUACGCACACCAACACAUUUUAAUUGGCGUAGAUAUAAUCAACCUUUCAUAGCUGUUAUUAUUUCAUUUCAGUUGUUUGAACAACGUCAUCAGCUUUGCUGUGAGUCAGAUGCAUACGUGUUGUAAAGUAUAGAAAAGUAGGUCUCAUACUACAGUGGGAUGACCAAACUGGCUUGACCUGGCAUUCCUUGCUGUUAUUUCGCUUGUUUAAACAUGGCUCUAUGUCUCAUCUUGGCAUAUAGUCUAUAUGAGGCAAAGAACGCAAUGACUAUUCAGAGAAGAUCUUUAUGAAUCAGGGAAAUCAAGUAGAAAGCAGAAGGAAAACAAACAAUGUAACGUGAAGUUUGUUUUAAAGUUCAAAGCACCACAGUCAUAUAUAGUUGAAGUUGGAAGUUUACAUACACUUAGGUUGGAGUCAUUAAAAUUAGUUUUUCAACCACUCCACAAAUUUAUUGUUAACAAACUACUUUUGGCAAGUCGGUUAGGACAUCUACUUUGUGCAUGACACAAGUAAUUUUUCCAACAAUUGUUUACAGACAGAUUAUUUCACUUAUAAUUAACUGUAUCACAAUUCCAGUGGGUCAGAAGUUUACAUACACUAAGUUGACUGUGCCUUUAAACAGCUUGGAAAAUUCCAGAAAAUAUGUCAUGGCUUUAGAAGCUUCUGAUAGGCUAAUUGACAUCAUUUGAGUCAAUUGGAGGUGUACCUGUGGAUGUAUUUCAAGGCCUACCUUCAAACUCAGUGCCUCUUUGCUUGACAUCAUGGGGAAAUCAAAAGAAAUCAGCCAAGACCUCAGAAAGAAAAUUGUAGACCUCCACAAGUCUGGUUCAUCCUUGGGAGCAAUUUCCAAAUGCCUGAAGGUACCACGUUCAUCUGUACAAACAAUAGUACGCAAGUAUAAACACCAUGGGACCACACAGCCGUCAUACCGCUCAGGAAGGAGACGCGUUCUGUCUCCUAGAGAUGAAUGUACUUUGGUGCGAAAAGUGCAAAUCAAUCCCAGAACAACAGCAACGGACCUUGUGAAGAUGUUGGAUGAAACAGGUACAAAAGUAUCUAUAUCCACAGUAAAAUGAGUCCUAAUUCGACAUAACCUGAACGGCCGCUCAGCAAGGAAGAAGCCACUGCUCCAAAACCGCCAUAAAAAAGCCAGACUACAGUUUGUAACUGCACAUGGGGACAAAGAUCGUACUUUUUGGAGAAAUGUCCUCUGGUCUGAUGAAACAAAAAGAAAACUGUUUGGCCAUAAUGACCAUCGUUAUGUUUGGAGGAAAAAGGGGGACACUUGCAAGCCGAAGAACACCAUCCAAACCGUGAAGCACGGGGGUGGCAGCAUCAUGCUGUGUGGGUGUUUUGCUGCAGGAGGGACUGGUGCACUUCACAAAAUAGAUGGCAUCAUGAGGAAGGAAAAUUAUGUGGAUAUAUUGAAGCAACAUCUCAAGACAUCAGUCAGGAAGUUAAAGCAUCGUCGCAAAUGGGUCUUCCAAAUGGACAAUGACUCCAAGCAUACUUCCAAAGUUGUGGCAAAAUGGCUUAAGGACAACAAAGUCAAGGUAUUGGAGUGGCCAUCACAAAGCCCUGACCUCAAUCCUAUAGAAAAUGUGUGGGCAGAACUGAAAAAGCGUGUGCGAGCAAGGAGGCGUACAAACCUGACUCAGUUACACCAGCUCUGUCAGGAGGAAUGGGGAAAAAUUCACCAAACUUAUUGUGGGAAGCUUGUGGAAGGCUACCCGAAACGUUUGACCCAAGUUAAACAAUUUAAAGGCAAUACUACCAAAUACUAAUUGAUUGUAUGUAAACUUCUGACCCACUGGGAAUGUGAUGAAAUAAAUAAAAGCUGAAAUAAAUCAUUCUCUCUACUAUUAUUCUGACAUUUCACAUUCUUAAAAUAAAGUGGUGAUCCUCACUGACCCAAGACAGGGAAUUUUUAAUAGGAUUAAAUGUCAGGAAUUGUGAAAAACUGAGUUUAAAUGUAUUUGGCUAAGGUGUAUGUAAACCUCCGACUUCAACUGUACUUCUAUGACUUAUCCUGUUCUAUUGUAACCUGUUAAAUCAAUCCAUAUGUAACUGUUCAUACAUACGUUAUGACUGACUACAAGCACUUUGAGUAGAUUGACUGUCCUUCUCUUCCUGACGUGUACACUAUUACACACAGUAUGUGUGGUCGUAUCUCCUGAUGUUUUGGCUCAGAUGUGAAUUUAUAAUAAACCCCUCUGCCUCCCAGAUGAGUUGCUGAGGUAGGGACUUUACCGUCCAGAUGUUGAUGAAUAUGAUGAAUUAUAAAUGGAUUCAGAAUUUCUGCCUGGCAGGGACAAUUAUCCUGGGCUAUUUAGAUGUUUUGCAUUCCUCCCCUCCCAGGGUUGUCAAUGGUUACCAACUAUUCAGGAGGACAGAGUUCUCUCCCAGCCAGGUCCCUGUUAUUGUUUCUCAUAUGACAUUCUAUUCCCUACAUAGUGCAUGUACAUUCAUGAACCUAUUAACAUUAGCCCUGAUCAACUGAUAGGUAUGUUAGCUCAACUAAACGAAACAGCCACUGUGCUGAUAAUGGAACUAGAAGAAGUGCACACUCUGAAUAAAGAGAGCUCCAAAACAAACUAUUGUGAAAACAUGGAGUAUUCUGGGUGCCAGGCUGUUGCUUUAGCUAACUUGUCACUUUCUUGCCAAUGUUCUCUUGCCAAUGUUUGGCAUGACAUUUCCAAAGCAGUUGGCUGAAGCAGAAACAGAACGGCAUCUAAGCUACAGGACUAGCUAAGACGAGGAAAGUAAAAACCUAACAAGAUGUGUAAAGGCACUAUACAGUAUCUAUCCCAAAAUGUGUCCCCAUUUCCCUGGGUGAUGUCAGACUGUGCCACCCCUCAGAUUGGCUUAGAAAUGAAAUGUCAUUGUCAUGACGACAUGUCUGAAUUGUUUGGUUCCGUAGGGGGAGGAGCUAGAGUGUGACUUUGGGAACGAGCAGCGGUAUGAUUCCCGAUGGCUGGAGGAGCGCUCAGUGGUCAAGUGCAGUGGAGUGACGGUGAGUACAACCAAUCAUGUUCCAAGAACACCUGUCACUCAACACAAUCUGAGUAAAGGGCCAAUCAGAAAUAAGCUGUUUAGUGUAUGGCCAAUUAAGCCAUGCUUACUGGUCGUGUAUGGUGAAAUGGCCAAUCAGUGGGCUUGUCUCUCUUACCAUAUAGCUAACCACAGUGGAGAGGAGUCAGGUGUUUCAGCUCAUUCUACGUAGAAAGGGACACCUGGAAAAAUACAUCGACAGCCCUAAACCCAUGACAGGUAUGAGCGCACGCACACACACACACACGUUUGUUUUACUAUCCUUGUGAGGACCGAAACAUUUAUUCCCAUUCAAAAUCUUAUUUUCCCUAAGCUUUAACCCUAACCCCAAACCCCUAACCCUAACCUAACCCUAACUCCUAACCCUAACCCCUAACCCCUAACCCCUAACCAUCCUUGUUUUACUAUCUUUGUGAGGACUUCUGUUACCCACAAGGAUAGUAAAACCAAAUAAGCACACACACACACACACACAAGCCCACUCCCAGAUGCCAGAAUAUUCUCAAUGUUAACAGGCCAUGUGUUUACCAUGUGAGCCCCUAGAGCAGAAGAACAGCCUUGGCCCACAGCCAGAAAAAACGGCAUACUUUCUUCCAAGACUGAUGCUUCAUACCGGCAUACUUUAUUACAAGACUGAUGCUUCAUACUGGCCUACUUUAUUAAAAGGCUGAUGCUUCAUACCGGCAUACUUUAUUACAAGGCUGAUGCUUCAUACCGUGUUCAGUCAUCAAAACACACACACAAGCACACAUGAUUUCUCUAUGGGAGGUGCUGGAACAUGGAGGUGCUCAUCUGUUUCUCUCUCUUUCUGUUCUUAUGUCUUUCCUCUCUGUUUCUCUGUGUUUAUUUAUAUUAUGUUGAAAAUAUUUUUAAUCCAAAGCAACGGACAUAGGUUCAGUAUGAUAUAUUCAACCUAUACGGUUACAUGAUGUAGCCCGUAUGUUGCUAGCAUGCUGUAUUGUGAUAAUAAAGCUCUCUCCAUUCUCCCUCCUCCUCGUUCUCUCUCAGUGGAGGUAUAUAACUGUGAGGUGGGCAGUGGGGACUGUUCCCAGUGUUGGGGACGUGAGGACCAGGGACAUCUGUGUGGCUGGUGUGACAACAGCUGUAGACCCAGGGACGACUGCCAGUAUAUGAGUAGCCAGUGUCCUGACCCCGAGAUCACCAGGGUAGGAAUAAACGCACACACACACAUCAUGUCCCAUCCACGAGAUCCAUAAGACUGAACCAGUCUGAUAGAUACUGAAACUAUCCUGUAGUGUGACACACACUCAUCCCUGCAGUUCUCCAUCCCCUCAUUAUUGACCUAGGCCCUCAUUUGGAACAGGAAGUGGUGGUGUGUCACAUGACCUGUCACAUUAUGUGGGGCGGGUGGGCACUGUGAUGAGGGUUUAUUUUGGAAGGGGAAGUGUUUAUUACAGAGGCUCAUUAAACCAAGUCAAUCUGAAAUAACACACUGUACUACUACUCCCUGACUGGCUGACUCCACAGCACAGUCACACCACUUAGACACUGGCUCUUAUGGAGGAACAACACCAUUUAUUUGGAGGGAUGACGGAGGGCAUGGGAACACUUACCCACUGCCUAACCCUGUCUAUCUGUUUUGGCCAGUGUGUGUGUGUGUAGAGUUGAGAGAGAGUGUGUGUGUGGUGUGUGUGCGUGCAUGUGGUGUUGAGGUGUGUGUGUGUAUUCUGUGCAUAAUGUUUGUACUGAGCUCUCUACGCGGUCACCCACAGAAAUAGAAUAGAGCAAUACAAAACUACAUUACAGAUGUGACCACAUUACGACCACAUGGGUCAAGGGAAUUAACAUUUAUAUUAGGUUGCAGAUCUCACUGUGGUCACCUCUUUGUGGUCAUGAAACCCAGUCAGCUGACUAUUGGGAACACAUGGUUUCAACAGUUCAUUUGGAUUCAUCUGGGUGACCUUGCUCCUUUGUACCGAUACUUUUGAACCUCUGUGAUUAUGCCACUGUGUUUGAACUCCCAGGCAUUGAAGAGUUGUUUAGAGUUGCGUUAAAACCACUUUGAACGGUACUGAAUGCUGCCUUUAUCUGUGCUGCAGUUGCAGACGGGAAGUACGGCUCGCAUGAGGCCCAGUCGGCCUAAACACUUCCUGUAGAUUAAACCUGCCUGGUCUGGCCCAGCAGGGAGACAAAGGAAUCUGACACACACCACACACACACACACACUCACACACACACACACACACACACACACACACACAAUCUAUAGUAUUUUACACACAUGGGUACACCUUUACUCAAAGGCCAGCAAGGAUUUAGAGGCACAACACACAGACUAGUAGCAGUUACCACUGUCAGCACACUCAGCGUCCCUGCAUGACUCUCUGUAUCAGCCAUUGUGUCAGUGUCAUGACUCAUGGACUGUUGAAUGUCCAUCUGUGUGUGUAUCCCACUGAGAUGACUGGGGUUAGAUGUGUUGAAAUCCUCAAUGCGUGGGCAGCUCAAAGACACACACACACACACACACAUGCGCGCGAUCAUACAAUCACACUCACACACGUACGCACACACACUCACACACACACACACACACUCAAACAGCUGCCUCAGGAGAGAGGUGAUUGUAAGGCAGGAAACUGGGGCUGUGGUUGUGGGAGUGUGAUGCAAUGCCUUGGCAGCCAUGUUUUCCCAGACAGAGAAUCAUCAGGAGUUAGUUAGAGUAACAGUCAGUCAGAGUUCUCAGCUUUACGGGGGAGUAUCUAGCACAUACACUGCAAGAGCAUUAGUGAGGUCAGGCAUUGAUGUUGGGCGAUUAGGCCUGUCUCGCAGUCGGCGGUCCAAUUCAUCCCAAAGGUGUUUGAUGGGGUUGAGGUCAGGGCUCUGUGCAGGCCAGUCAAGUUCUUCCACACCAAUCUCGACAAACCAUUUCUGUAUGGACCUCGCUUUGUGCACGGGGGCAUUGUCACGCUAAAACAGGAAAGGGCCUUCCACAAACUGUUGCCACAAAGUUUGAAGCACAGAAACGUCUAGAAUGUCAUUGUAUACUGUAGCGUUAAGAUUUCCCUUCACUGGAACUAAGGGGCCUAGCCCGAACCAUGAAAAACAGCCCCAGACCAUUAUUCCUCCUCCACCAAACUUUACAGUUGGCACUAUGCAUUCGGGCAGGUAGCGUUCACCUGGUAUCCGGCAAUACCAGAUUCGUCCGUCGGACUGCCAAAGCGUGAUUCAUCACUCCAGAGAACGUGUUUCCACUGCUCCUGAGUCCAAUGGUGGCGAGCUUUCCACCACUCCAGCCGACGCUUGGCAUUGAGCAUGGUGAUCUCAGGGUUAUGUGCGGCUGCUCGGCCAUGGAAACCCAUUUCCUGAAUCUCCCGACAAACAGUUUUUGUGCUGACGUUGCUUCCAGAGGCAGUUUAGAACUCGGUAGUGAGUGUUACAACUGAGGACAGACGAUUUUUUCGCACUUCAGCACUCGGUGGUCCCGUUCUGUGAGCUUGUGUGGCUUACCACUUCGCGGCUGAGCCAUUGUUGCUCCUAGACGUUUACACUUUACAAUAACAGCACUUACAGAUGACCGGGGCAGCUCUAGCAGGGCAGAAAUUUGACGAACUGACUGACUAUGAUGGUGCCACGUUGAAAGUCACUGAGCUCUUCAGUAAGCCCAUUCUACUGCCAAUGUUUGUCUAUGGAUAUGGCAUGGCUGUGUGCUCGAUUUUAUACACCUGUCAGCAACGGGUGUGGCUGAAAUAGCCGACUCCACUAAUUUGAAGGGGUGUCCACAUACUUUGUAUAUGUUCUGAGAAGCACAUGUUCCUUAGGUAGGAAUUUCACUACUUCAGCAUAGCGUUUCCGACAGGUUUCCUCAUGGUUCUAUAAAGGUCGAUGUCCGCGCUCUCACUUAAAUCGAAUUAGCAUAAUACAAAAAUCCCCAUAAAAAUAUGUCAGUUUAAUCUAGAGAUAUCUGUUUCUUUGCAUUGGAUGAGUCUCAAUCCACCACAUCCGCCUAUGUUGCACUUCCGCAUCUGCGGUGAAAGGUAACAGAGCUAGAGCGGUGUUUGUCAGACCAUGAGACACCCCGAAAAUCGGUCUUCUCACAAAAUCGUCUGUAGCGUCCGAACAAUUAUGACUUAAAAUUCAAAAUCAAUUUGCUAAAUUAUCCUCGGCAUGACCUUCUUAAAACAAUUCCCUGUAGUUUGUCUUUGCUUGGAGUUCAAAACAGUUAACACAAACUAAGCUAGCAGUGUUAUUAAAAGUCUUAUGGAAAUAUGCUCUCAGAACGUUAUUUAAUUACAUUCAAAUAACCUAUAAUUUCCAUUCUCAGAACGUUAACACUUCCCAGGAAAACUUUCAGGAAAUCAUAGUAAAAUGUUCUCAGAACCUCCCUGCAACUUAAACAUUUAUGUUCCCAGAAAAGGAAAUAUUUUCACUUCCGUUUUCAGAACAUUUAAAAAAACAUUCAGUUUUACCAGUCAGGAAAUGUAUGGAUUCAUUCCCAGAACCAAAAAACGUAAGUUCCCACAAUUUCCAAAAAACCAAAUGAACUAGCUGGGAUGUUACUUAUGUGGAUGGCAAGCUGGUAAAAUACCGUAAUGAGUCGUUACAUGUCAUUUCAGCAAGCCAUGUCGCCCACCAUCUCAGAUUGUUCAGAAAUUGUUUCUGUAGUUGGAAACAGAUGAGAUUGGCAUUCCUGAAACAUUAUUUUGUUGAAAUUAAGCUAAUUGAUUGCAUCAAAAUGCGCCAUAUUAAUUGAUUCAGAUAAUAGUCAGUAUUUCUUCUCCAUACUAUGCAAUGUAUUCCCUGUAAAUCUGGUGUUUUUUCCCCUCCUGUUUAGAUAAAUUAUUUACCGUAAAGUAUUGUGAAAGUACCAGGUUUUGACCACUAGCUGCCGCUGUUCUUGCUAUACUGCCACACUCUUUUAGCCAGUUUGCUGGUUUCUUGUGUUUCUCAAUUAAAUCACAACAUUUCCUUUGCAGCUUUGGGUUUUAAACCAAUAGAUUUGUCUCAUUAUGAAAACAAAUUGUGUGGUCAUCCUCAAUUUAAGCCAGUCCUCCAUGAAAGCAAUUCAGUUUGUCCUUCUUUUACACUUAACCUGUGUCCAGUAAACUGACCGUUUGUGUGAGGUUUUUUCACUUCAAAAAGAUCUAGAUUAGUUACUGUUAGACCAUUCCUGGUGAACAAGCAAACCAUUAGGCUACAGCAGUUCUAAUGGUUUCAAUGUUAUGGUCUUCAAUAGUAAAAGUCCCAAACACACACUGUUUAUUUAUUGAAUAUUAUCUGAAUCCUAUCAAUUGAAAUUGCCAAUUUGGGUGCAAUCAAUUAGCAUAAUUUCUCAGAGAUCAAAUUAUAUUUCAACAAAAGGAUGUUUUGGGAAUGCUAAUCUUAACUAUAGAAACGAUUUCAGAACAAUCGGAGAUGGUGGGUGUCGAAAUCCUCGUUCUUGUGCUUUUUGAGGUGGAACGACCCUAAUGUGUUCUAUGUGUCCGUAAUAUUGCAGGUAACAAAAGCAGUUGUCGUCAUUCCAGAGCCUGCAUUCUCGUUCCGUGGCAUGCCAAGCCCCAUUGUUUAAAACUUGUUUGAUUGGAGUUUAUUGAGUGUCCAAAACAGGAACUGACAAGCAUAGUUUAUUCGUGACAUGAAGAGAGAGAUACAGUGGGAGGGGGAGUACAGAAGUAAGGUUUCUUUCCUUUUCCUGUGUUUGUCUUCACAUCCUCCUUCAUCAGUGAGGAGGAGUUAAGAUGGACUGCAACAGUGUAUACGGUCUCAUACAGUGGGUCUAAACUAAUAAUGUCAGAUGAUGUCUGCAGUAUGGUCUGAACACCUGACCCUGAUAGAAAUCUGGAGGCACGAUCCUUCGAUCCUUCGAGGAUCUUUAUCCAAAUGAUUUGGUAUGUUCAGAAGAUCCCAUUAAAUUCAUAAUUUCCUGUCAGGAUUACUAAUUAGAGCAUUAUAGAGAUUUUUAGAGAUCCUUUAUUGUUGAAGGUGUUUUUGGAUCAGGACAUUUCCUGAUGUUAUUGUACUGUACUUUCCUCCGCUCAGCUUGAGACUCGUUCACAGAGGAGUGAGAGGUGCAAAUGAGCAACAUGGCAGCUAACGUUAUCACUAACCCCAGACAUGCUAAUACCAGAGAGACUGAGGUGCUUAGAGAUACAUAGUGAUAAUUACUGUACUUACCAAGUGGAGCUUGGAGGUGUGUGCGUGUGUGUGUGUGUGUGUGUGUGUGGACGUGUUUAACUUUACUUGUGAGGAUUAGAAGUCCACACAAGAAUAGUAAACAAACAACAAUUUGACCAACUGGUGACAUUUUGUUAGUCCCCAGAAGGUCAAAUGCUAUUUCUUAGGGGUGUAUGGUUAAGGUUAGAUUUAGGGUUAGGGUUAGGAGCUAGGGUUAGUUUUAGGGUUAGGGUUAAGGUUUUCUGGUUAAGAUUAAGGUAAGGGUUAGGUUUAGGGUUAGGGGUUAAGGAAAAUAGUAUUUUGAAUGGGACUGAAUUGUGUGUCUCCACAAGGUUAGUUGUACAAGAAUGUGUGUGUGUGUGUGUGUGUGUGUGUGUGUGUGUGUGUGUCACUAUUUAAUCUAAAGGCUUAAAAAUGUGACUCAUUUUGGGAUAAGCUUCUUGAAGGCCAAAAGCUUUGUAUAACCAAACACUUACUGUACAUCACCUUGGUCUUAUACAUAUUUAGGUUCUCUGUGGAUUUAUAAUUGUUUGUUUUUACAUGGAAAUAUACUGUAAGUGUGUGUAAUUUACACACUCUGUCCUCAUUUUUCACUUUAGCUCGGAAGCACAGUGUUUGUGUAUCUCGGCUGUCAAUCACAUAGCUUAUGAAUUCCUUUCUUAAUGUAGACCCUCCUUCUCCCCUCUCAACCAGACCAAACGGAAGCACUGUUUUCAUUCAUAUUUUCAUUCAUACACAAACAAAAUCUAACUCACUCAUUUUGCUAGCUAGAAAGAAUUAGUCACAAAUUCAUUCAGAAACGGAGGAAGAUUAUAGCUAGCUAUAGCAAGCUAACGUUAGCAGCUGCCUCUUCAACAAGAAGCAACUGUGACAACAUUGGUCCUUAGAUAAAAAUAAAAAUAAAGUUCUUUCCUAUUGAGCAAGUUCCACAAUCCACAAUAAAAAAAUAAAAUAAAAUAAAGUUCUACAAUCCACCCCUAAAAAAAAAGCAUGUCUCUGGGGCUUCACCGAAAUUCCACCAGGUCCGCGAUCGUAUCCAUGCGCGAAGCUUCACAUUUCAGUUUAGCCUGCACUCGGCAGGCUGUAUAGAAAACUCCCCCUGAGCCACAGUUUGAGAUGCUUUAAAAGCCACAAUGAUGGACAGCAUCCACUUUGAGGAGCAACUUCUUGCUGAAGCACUCCUUCCAUUGUUAAUAGCCAUGGAAGCUCAGGGAUGAAAUGUGACCCGCAGAUUGACGAGUAGACGGCCAAUUCGCAUGCCUCAUUCUCACAAAAUGUAUCCCACUUUUUGCAAAGUUUUUCAUUCAUCAUAACACGGGGCGUUGUGGGAUUUUUUUCUAAGGUUAGAGCUGAUUUGGAGCAAACCUCAAACCCAACUUUUAGAACAACAUAAUAUUAUAAUAAUUGAUUUAAGAGUUUUUAAUUUGGGAAUUUUUUAUUGGUGCUUUAAGUUACUAUUAUAUGUGUUUCUGGCAUUGAGAAGUAAGUGCUACAUUCCCUUUAAAAGUCUUAUUGAACAUUUUAAAGGGAUACUUCGGGAUUUUGCCAAUGAGGCCCUUUAUCUACUUCCCCAGAGUCAAAUAAACUUGUGGAUACCAUUUUUAUCUUCUCUGUGUCCAGUAUGACGGAAGUUAGAGGUAGUUUUGCCAGCCAAUGCUAACUAGCUUUAGUGCAAUGACUGGAAUCUAUGGGUAUCUGCUAGCAAAAAUGUUCAGUUUUACCGGUCAGGAAACGUAUGGGUUCGUUUCCACAACCAAUGUAAAACCAAAAACAUACGUUCCCACAGCUUCCAAGGAACCAAAUAAGCUAUCUGGGAUAUAAGUGGGCACUUACCCCAAUCUUCUCCCCCUCUCUCCCCCCUAGAUCUCCCCCCGGAGUGGGCCGUUGAAGGGAGGUACCCUGCUCACGGUGCAGGGUAGGAACAUGGGGCGCAGGGCUGAGGUGGUGGAGGUCUCCAUCGGGAUGUUCCCAUGUACAAUCCUUCCUGACCAAUACACUGUCUCUGUGGAGUAAGUAAAUGUCUCAUGAUUCAUUGAUUAAUUGGUUGAUGCAUUCAUUAGUUCAGUGUCUUCUUGCACAGGUGUCAGGAUGUUUGUAAUGAUGCUGUUGGGGUAAUUUAUUAAAGCAUAAUAUAGAACGGUACUUCUCAUUUUAAACUGUUCCGUUCACAUAAAGGAGGUACUUCGAGGCCCACAACACUAUCACCAAGGAGACAGCAGAACCCUGGGUUGACACCUGCACAUAGUAUUCCAUGGAAACACUGUAACUAUAGGACCACAUCAAAACUUCCAUACCGAUUUCCAUAAUGUUCCACGGAUGGAAAUGUUUAUCUGGUCACACUCCACUGGAGCCAAUCAGGCUGUAGUAGAAUGCAGACCGUGCUGGGGUGACCCGCAGGUCUAACCUGUCACUACACACUCUCCCAAACACACACACACACUCCAGGUCACUCCAGACCCGGCGAAUCAGAUUUCACAUCGGGGAUGACCUCACCCUGCUUGCUCGUCCCUCAUUGGUUCCCUGAGCUAGUUGUUAUGACAGUGAAAUCUUUCCUCCUCGGAGGUAGUGUUGCUGACAAAUCAAAACAUGCCAGUGUGUCUGACAGCAGGCUCACACACUGAAUAGAUGCACACACACACACCUGCAUGCGUGACCUCACCACAACCAUGGCUGUUGAGACAGGUGUCUGUUCGUGUGCUGAGAGGUCAGAGGUUCCAGCUGUGAGAGAGAGUGAGAGAGAGAGAGAGAGAGAGAGAGAGAGAGAGUAGUAUAGAGAGAGAGAGAGAGAGAUAGAGAGAUUCUAUAUAUAUCGAGAGAUAGGAGAUAGUAGAUCGCUAUAGCGAUCUCUAUCCUCGCUCUUAUAUAGCAUAAGCAGAUACGCUCUCUACGAGUACUCGACUCUCUCUCUCUCGAGCUCUUCACUAUUCAUUCAUCCUUUCGCUAAGUAGGGGUAACCAAUUCAGUACCCACUCUGGACACGUCUGUUGGGGAAAGUGUAGAAGUUCAAGCUGCCAACUCUUUCAUGUCCCUUGAGUGUCCUGGUUGGCUUCCUUCUCUCCCUCCACACACACGCACUGAAUGCACACACAUACCACUUCCAUUGCUGAUUAUCCUGGUCCUCCUCUCUGGGUAAAUAUCCAGAGACAUCACUCAUAGUAGCCAAAACAUCACCCGCUAGAUCGCAAUAUAUUUCCUCUCUGGGCGGUGGAGGAAUGUAGUGCGAGGUUCUGUAGUAAAAAAAAAAGUAUAUACUAUAGUAUUUACUGUAGUGUUUUUUCAGAGUAUAGUACGGUAUACUGUAGUAUUUACUUACUGUUUUUGGGGACAUUACUGUAGUUCAGAAAGAAAACACCACGUGGAAACAUGUUUAACCAUUUAUUUAACAAUGGUUAAAUAAAUGGCAGAAACACAGAACCUAACAGGUGGAGGCUGGGAUGGUGGUAGGAGCAAAAAGCCAGUGCAGAGUAGCAGUUGCAGCAAGUGGCAGCAGAAUGAUUGAGCAGACCUGGUCAGCUUAACUAGACUGACAAAUAAGAUAGGCGUGAUUGAUACUAGCCUCUAAUUAGGUAGGUUUCUCACUUAUGGGUGGCACAAACUGGGAUAUUGGGGAGGGGAAUUGGCAGGGUUCAGUGUUUUUUUGUGUGUAGAUAAUACUGUAAGGUUUACUAUAGUAUUCUACAGUAUACUAAAUAAUUAUAUACUAAGUACUACACACGAUCGAGGGAUACUACAUUGUGUAGUAUAGUAUUCUACGAUAUACUACAGUUUACUACAGAAUUCUGUAGUAAGUACUGUAGUAUUCUAUACUAAACUGUAUUUUUUUUUAUGUGGGCCCUUUCAAUCAGUUGGCCAUUUAUAGUUAAAAUCUGCAAAUGACUCCAUUUGUCUGCUUUGAAGUUAGACAAAGCCAUGUACUCAGUCGUUCUGGCAUUCAGCCAGAACGAAAUUCAAGUUUCUGUUGUCAUCAAAAGCCACUGAAAAGCCUUCCCCAUUUAGAGGCACAGGAGUAAACACUUGUGUCGUCAGCAUACAAGUGGAGUGUUGUGGAGUUCACAUUUACAUCAUGAAUCAUCCCGGCCAGAUACUGUGACUCAUAUCCACAGCUAUCUAUCUACUGUAAUAAUAUAGACUUGGAUGGAAUUCACUAGAGCUGGUUUUUUUUUCUCUGGUUCAUCUGUGACCUACGCUGAGCUAGGUUUCACAUUAAUUUACCAAAAUGUAUCAUUUGCCCUAGAGGUGAUCCCAUUGCAUUGAGAUUUAAACUCUCAGAUGUGGAAAUCUGUCCGAAAGUUGUGAAUUUGGCUUCAAUCAGUUACUUGUUGCAAAACCACAAACAACUACAGGGACUUGAUCCAGCUCUAUGAGCUCCUUGAUCCCCUUCAGACCCAGCCAUACCCAGCCUUCAGCCCAGCCCUGUUUCUUGUCUUGCCCUGUCUCGGGGGUACCUGUCUCACAUGUGACCCUCAGAGGAUCAAGCUUCCUGUCAGUCAGCGACUAGACCCCUGAUUGGGUUGCCAGGUAUUUCUGGUCAUUAUAGAACCAACCACCUGACUAAAUAAACCGGCCGCACGUGCUGAACAAGAGGAGGGUGAAGGGGUGGGCUUCGAGCCAUGCAGGUUUGGGGUGGGGGGUCGUGGUUCCCAUUUGUUUAUUUCUGUGGGGAGUCAUCGGAUCAUAGCCUGGUCCAUGAUCUGUACCGUAUGUGCUUUAGCCAGCUCCUCUGACUGACACACAGCAGGGCCAAAGCACAUACAGAUCUGGGAUCUGGCCUUGCAUAAUGUUCUCUGUUGCUCCAUCACUGUAUGGAUAAUCCUACUGUGUCCCUCUGGUCCCAGUACUGUGUGACAACAUGAGGCUUAAUUAGAGCCAUGAGGUUAUAAAACAAACAUCCAGUCAGCUCGUUAAGCCCCUCUGGGUUUCGCAGCAUCUAGCCGGGGGGGCUUUGAAGUCCCCCUCCUCUGGGUUUAGCCAACACUGUCCAGUACUUACAUUAUUACGAAACUUCUAAGGAUCUCUAUUGUAUUGUCUGUGUUUAGCUUUUUUCUAAAAGUUGUGAAACUCAUGAAAAAUACAAAUAAUAUGUAAUCCACAGUUGACACAGACACAUCCAAAAAGGCAAUUGCCAACAUGCUAUGCUGUCCAGCAGAACUUUCUCAGUAGCGAUGAUUGUGGUCAGUGUUGGUUAAGAUUAAGUGUGUCUGCUCACCUUACAGUGUUGCGUUCUAUCUACAGGCUGGUGUGUGUUACUGGGGAGGCCUUUGAUCCCACAAAUGAUUUCGUCAAAAUUACUGUGAACCAGAAAGCAAUGGGGGUGUCCAGAGAGGCCUUCUCAUACUUGGUGAGUGUGUUCCAUCCUCUCUCUCUCUCUCUCUCUCUCUCUCUCUCUCUCUCUCCUUCCCCUCUCUCUCUUUCUCUCCUUCCUCUCUCUCUGUCUCUCUCUCCUGCUCUCCUUUCCCCUCUCUCUCUCUCUCUCCUUUCUCUCUCUCUCUCUCUCGACUGCUCUCCUUCCUCUCUCUCUCUCACUCUCCCUCUCUCUCUCUCCAAUUGUCUCUCUCUCUCAUUGUCUCUCUCUCGUUGUCUCUCUCUGUUCCUUCCCCUCUCUGUCUUCCUUCCUCCUUUUUUUCUCUCCUUCUCCCUGACCUGCCUUUCGAUUUUCUUCUUCCUAUUUAUUUACAGUAUUUCUCUGUCUCUUGCGGGUUAAAUCCACAAUCUCUCCAUUCUUUCUCCUCCCUCCUCUCUCUCUCUCCAUCCCCCUCUCCCCACUCCCCAGUCCUUGUUCAUACUGGGAAAGUGUUCCCAAUUUUUCAGUUGAAUGUUAACAGAUGCGUCUUAAUAUUCAGGAAUGCAAGGGUGUGGGAAUCUUCAAACGUUCAUUAGAACUGCAACUAAGCACUAUUGUCACCCAGAACUCUGUGCCAGCAAAAACAAAUAUGGCGCUUGUUGAAAUGUCCCCCUCUUUGAAUUCAUGACCAGCCGAGGCUGGCUGCUUCUUCUGCUAAUUGACCCUGACCCACACAGUCUCCCAUUGGAUUAAGACUACACAGCCUGUGGAAAUACCCAUCUAAGCCCUCUGUUUCUUUCUGUUGGUCCCAUGUUUCAUGAGCUGCAAAAAAAAAUCCUCUAAAUGUUCCAUACACACAAAAAGCUUAUUUCUUUCAAAUGUUGUGCACAUCCCUGUUAGUGAGCAUUUCUCAUUUUCCAUGAUAAUCCAUCCACCUGACAGGUGUAGCAUAUCAAAAAGCUGAUUAAACAGCAUGAUCAUUACAUAGGUGCACCUUGUGCUGGGGACAAUACAAUUGCUGAGGAGUAUUUCUGUAAUAUAGCCCCUUUGUGGGGGAAAACUCAUUCUUAUUGGCUGGGCCUGGCUCCCCAGUGGGUGGGCAUGGCUGCCAAGUGGGUGGGCCUAUGCCCUCCAAGGCCCACCCAUGGCUGCACCCUGCCCAGUCAUGUGAAAUCGAUAGAUUAGGGCCUAAUUAAUUUAUUUCAAUUGACUGAUUUCGUUAUAUGAACUGUAACUCAGUAAAAUCUUUGAAAUUGUUGCAUGUACAUUUAUGUUUUUGUUAAUUAUAUUUACGAACAAGGAGUUUAUUUUUAAUUUCAGACACUUUUAAAAAGGGUUUCUGCCUAUGAGUCAUGAUCCCAGUAAAAAAUAAAAGUAUUGGAGAUGUGAGAGUAUUGAAAUGCAAACAACAAACACUUUUAGGGGUUGUGAGAAGCCCUCUCUGUCCCUUGCAAAUUCCUGGGAUGCUUCCCCAGGGUGUGCGGGAAAGAAAGGGAGAGAGUAGAGAGGGGAGAAGGGGAUUCUGAGGAAAAGGGAAAACGGUUCAGAUCCAAACGGAGACAGGAUGUGCGCCUCCUCUGCACCUCCUUCCUCAAACCUCGGGCCGGAAACAUCUGCCUCUACCUUACACACACAAGCACGUGCACACAAUAGACACCCCUGCCCCGUUCACACACACACACACAGGAAGUGAAUCAUGUCAGUGAGAAUGAGAGGUCCUCCCUGGAGGCAAGGUUCACAGAGGGGAGAGAAGCUUCGAAAGUCUCCGGAAUGCUGAUGCUGUAGAACUGUGGAUCUGUAUAGGGAUAUUCGUCUUAGCCCCAGGGACCUGUCCUGUGUGUGUAUGUGUUUUAUGUGUGUGUGUGUAUGUGUGUGUUGCUGUACUGCUACAUAGCUGGAUAGCAAAAUAUAUCCUAGCCCCAGGGAUCUGUCAUUUGUGGCUGAGAUGAACGCAAGGCCAUAAGGCCUCAGUGCAGAACAUUACUGAACUGCAGGAGUGGGCUACUCAACUUUAGUUUCCCAGGGCUGCAGUGUCCACAAGUUUUCAAACUUGAAAUAUGUUACACUCAGCAACUUACUUAGCUGAGGAAACCAAGCGUAUGGUCUAUAUACUGUAGACAUCUACGGUAUAGAAUAUUAUUUGAAUUAUCCAAUUACAGUGUCACAAUGACGCAGAACCAGCAGAUUGUUGCAUUGGAGAUGUGGACAGUACAUUACAGCAAAACAACAACGUAGCCUUAUGGCACAUGAAUAACAACACAUACUGUAUGUCCUAUCUCCCACCCCAGGUCCCCAAGCUGCUGUCCAUGGAGCCUAGAAAGGGCUCUCGUUCUGGGGGAACCAGGGUGACCAUCAGGGGGGAGCACCUGGACACUGGCUCUCAGGUCAGAGUCAAGGUCAAUGGCACCCAGGAAUGCACCAUCCUCACGUGAGUCUUGCUGUGGGAUUCAGUACAUUGUCAUCACUGUUGGACUUGCAUAUGUUGUUGUGCUGAAUCUGUAGGCUUUGUGAUGCUGAGUGUUAUUCUAAAGGAGACAGUCUAGUGGAGUUGUUUGGUUAUAUCAUGUGUGAGUUAUUGUUAUUUUUUCAGCUGAUGCAUUUGUUGUCUUUUCAGAGGCUGUGUUUUUGUUCUUGGAUGUAUUUGUUAUGGAAGCUCUUAGUGUGUGGUUUUAUUAUGCUGAUUGUGUGGUAUUUUUCUGUCCUUGUGCGUCGCUUGUGUGUCUGUGUCCUCGUGUGUGUGUGUGUGUGUGUGUGUGUGCACAUGAAUGUGUGUGUGUUUGCCUGUGUGUGCAUGGGUUUGUGUUCCAGGCUAACUGAAGACACCAUCGAGUGCACCAUGCCUGCGGCCCUGCACACACACACUGAGGCGGUGUCGGUGUGUGUGGACUUUGAAGACAAACCCUGUCAGAGCUCUGAGCUCAUCACCCAGUACAUCUACGAGAAGAACCCCAGCAUCAGCUACAUCAAACCCAGAAAGAGCUACCUCAGGUACAAACACACACACAGUGUCAUUGAUUAUGCAGUAUCUCAUACAUACAAUAGAAAACAGAACAGUCAGUGUCCUGCAUUGCUCCAUUGAUAAAUCUAACAUUCCAUAGAUUCUAUUUAUCCAGUGUUCUGUUGACAACUGAGAGUAUGACAGCAUAUAGAAAAUAUGAUUUCACUCAUUAUAAUGAUCUUGUAGUUCCAUUCUACCACAGAAACUCUCUUGGAGGGUUUGAUUGGUAUUCCACCCAGCCACAGAGAUGACAUACUGAGUUAAUGUCUUCCUGAUGUAUGCUCUGUGGCUUCUCCACAGUGUUUGCGUGUGUGUGCAUGCGUGUGUGUGUGUGUGUUUGAAAUGACACCCCAUGUGUGAGACAGACUCCUGAGGGAGGGCACGGUGCGUCUGAUUGGCAUGUGUGUUGACUCUUGACUGUGUGUAGCGUGUAGCGCGUAGCGUGCAGUGUGUAGCAGCGUGUUACGUGUAGCGUGCAGCGUGCAGCGCGUAGCGUGUAGUGUGUAGCAGUGUGUAGCGUGUAGCGUGUGAGUUUUGAACUGUCUCUGAUCAUUUGGUUAUGUGCGUGUGAGUUUGUGCUCUCCGUCUUUGACCAGAGUGAUUGUGUCUCUGUGUUCUAUGUUUCUGACCAUGUGUGGUUGUGUUCCAGUGGCGGUCGAACCAUCACAGUGACGGGGCAGGGUUUUGACCUGGUGCAGAGCGUCACUAUGGAGGUGCUAGACAUCGGACAGGCGGUGAGUAACAACAGGGUACAUCUCAAGUGUGAAGAGAUCAACUCCUGAAGUAGCAAACAUCUUAGAAGCAAAAGCUGAAGAAUGGACCCCUGCACAGUGUGUACACUUCUAGGUGAUGAUGGUUUUUUUCUCAUCCUCCUGGUCGCUCUCUAGGCCUGUAAGGUGCGGCCUCCAUCCAUGAUCACAUGCUCCUCCCCCGCCUCCAGACAAUCUCAGCAGGCCACGGUAGAGUUCUUCCUGAACGGAGUCCUCUACACGGGAGAUAGCCCUGUCUUUUACGGCCCAGGCCAGGAGGAAGAAGAGGAGCCUCACGGAGGUCACUUCCUGUUGGAGUACGUGGAGGACCCUCAGUUCUUCACUGCCAACAAGGAGAAGCUGAUCAAACACCACCCUGGGGAGCCACUCACACUCAUCAUCAACGUAUGUGAACUGCCCAGCGCAUCAAUGGGAGAGGGUGGGGGUGGGGAGUCUUGUGAGUGACAGCCUAGUCCACCAAAUGGGAGAGGGUGGAGCAGGAUGAGAACUGAAAGGCCCAUUGACCAGGGAGAUUAGUGCACUUGUUCUAGGAACUGUCCAGUCCUGUCAAUCUCACGUCAUUCUGAAAAUAAGAAUCAUGGCUCAAUGUCUUUUGUAUUAAUACUUUAAAAAGAUAAAAGACUGUCCCUCUGAAACCUGGGGUGUGUUGAGUUGAGGCCGGGCUGUUCAGAAAGAAAGGUACAAGACAUGACCACCACCUCUAAGCAGAACUCAGUCAGACAUCUUUGUGUGAGGUCCUGUCUAUAUUCUAGCAGACUAAGCUACUGCCUCAUAAAUGACUGCCUCAUAUAUGAGAGAGGAUUGAGGGUCUUAAUGCUAACAGUCAUAAAAAGACUGCUGGAUGUCCACUGGUGCUGCUGCGGUACAGACCCUGGGUGCAGUCAGGGAGAGACACAGACAGGGAAAGUUACAGAAAUUGGGCUUUGAACAUGGUCGGUCUGAGUUCUCUCUCUCUGCCCCUCUCGCUCUCUUUCUCUCCUCUGUGCUUGUGUGUGUGUGUAUGUGUGUGUAUGUGUGUGUAUGUGUGUGUGUGUGUGUGUGUGUGUGUGUGUGUGUGUGUAAGGAUGGGGCCCUUACAGGAAAUGCUGCCUUAGCCCUGUCUCCUUGGAUGAAGGAGGGGGAGGGGCAAUGGGCUAUUCAGUGUUGCUUCUUGUUUUCUUUACGAAGGUGGAUUGCACUUUGGGUGGACCAGGUUGGAUGUUUGUGGGCUGGACCAGGUUGAGAGAAUGUUGGUUGGAGUGGAACGUGUUUGUUUGAUGGGGAUUGUUGUUUGGUUAGAUCCUAUAUUAAGGACAUCUGUUGGAAUGUGGGUGGGUUUUGUUUGCUUUCAUCCUGUUUUGGAAUUCAUUGUUUCGUGCAUGUGUUUGUCUGAGUGUGCGUACGUGUUUGAAGGCAUGUUUGUGUGCCUGCCUGUGCAUUAUGCAGGUGUGUGUGUGUGUGUGUGUGUGUGUGUGUGUGUGUGUGUGUGUGUGUGUGUGAGGAAGUGUUUGUUGACAGAGACCCAGGGGGUGGCAUCCUGCAGAGGGGACAGGACAGUACAGGGUCCUGAGGGUGUAAUCACAGAGAGGAAACACACUGGGGAUAAACAUACAACCUCUCCUCUCCUCUUCUCCUCACACAGCAUUCUCCACUGGUGGAUGGGUGGGUGGGUGGGUGCACACGAGGAGGGGACCAGUGCUCCUACAGUGCAUUGACGAAGGGGAGGCUGGUGUUUCGAUGGACAGUGUCAGUCAUGACAGUCAUGACAGUCAGUGGGUUAGUCAGUUUGGAGAAAGUGUUCUCUCCAUGUCUACUGUUUGAUUCUUUAAGCUGAACUCCCGCCCAGUGUGUGAGGAAUGUUGUGAAACUAAAUGAGUUUGGUACUGGACUACUCAGUGUGACAGUUGAAUGACAAGCCUGUGAGCUCUCCCUGCAAAGCAUGCGUGUGUGUGUGUGAGUGUGUGUGUGUGUGUGCGCUCACGUGUGUGUGUGCGCCCGUGCUUGUGCGUCAGCUGUGCCUAUCCAAGCCAGACCAUGGUGUCCCUAGCGCUCUGACUGACAGACGGCUGUUUUUGUUUGGGUCUGGCACAGAAAGGACCGAGCAAUCUGGAACUGGCGCCGGAGGAAUACUCAGUAACGAUUGGCUCCUAUCCAUGUGACAUCAGCUUCCAUAACGACCAGCUCUUCCACUGCAGCAUCAACGGCUCGCUGGGCUCCAGUGAAGGAGAACUGCCUGUCACCGUAAGUACAACGUCAUUACAUUCUAAGGCUACUACUUUGGACCACUUUAUUAUCAAUGUUUUGAAACAAUGUCCAGUUUGGUUUAGCUACCAAUUGAACUACGUCUCGAUGAUGAGAGUACAGGGACGAGCAACGUGACAGGCCACUCUUGGUCAGGGGACAGGGUGUAACAGUAAACGAAUCAAAGAGUAAACCAAUCUGCUAUCUUUUGUCUAUCUGUCCAUCCGAAUCACACGUGCAGGCACGCAAGCAUGUGCGGAAGGCUGCAUACCAGCAUGCACACACACACACACACACAUACACACACACCCUGGGCUUCUGUCUACAUGGUUUUUGUUUUGUCUCAGAAGUCUCUGUUUCUAAUAGAAGGGCUCAAUCAACCAAACUCUCGUUCUCUUUUUCUCUCUCUCCCCCCGCUCUCUUGUCCGUUGCUCAUUUCAGCCUGUUUUGAGAGGGCUUAUUAGGGAAAAUCAGGCAGUUGAGAGCAGUGGAUGAGAAUGGCCAUGUUUGUCAGUCAGUCUGUCUGUCUGUCAGUCUAUGGCCCUCACAGACAGUCAGUGAGACGUGAGUCACAGAAAGAGAGAGAGGCAGGGAUGGAGUGUAGGAGGGAAAAAACUCUCUCAGGAUGUCCAUAAAUAAACACGCAAUUAGCAGACAAACACAGAGAGCAGGGGUCAAACGAGAUGUCAAAACACUAACGGUUGGGCUGCCCUCAUCUCUCCUGAGAGAGUGUGUGUGUGUGCGUGUGUGUGUGUGCGUGUGUGUGCGUGUGCGUACGUGCGUGCAUUUAUAUAUUUGUGUGUGUACCGGUAAAUGUGUAUAUUUGUGUUCUUUGUGCGCUAGCUCCCCCCAGUUUAAAAGGUAUGCAAAUGCUUAGCUUCUGGGCAUUAAAGCAACCUUUUUGAUUUCUUCAGUGACUUUUCAGUGGCAUACUAGCACCUAUUUUUACCUCCCUUUUUUUCCCUUGGCUCAGAAGUGAAGCUGAGCCUCUGUAUGGGGGAGCUGUGAGUGAGGGUUUAUCUGGGCUGCUGUUCCCCAACCCAAACAUGAACACAGAACAAUGGCAUUUCUUUCCACCACUCUUUCUUGCUUUAUUUUCAUGGUUUGGAGAAAUAAACAGUCAUACCAGAGAGAGACCCUGCAGAGAGAGAGACCACUUGUACCCCUCCUCAGUCUAGGAACAGAGGCAUAUGGGGUUUUAAGACCUGGAGGCAGACAUACUGAAUUUAGCAACAAGGUUGCGAUAGGGAAAUUGAUUGGACUGGGUAUGAUUAUUGUAGUCCAAGAUUCCAUAUCGGCCAACCAGAAAGCAGAAGUGAAAGUCAUCCCUCCAGUCACAUCUGUUUACCCUGAACUGGUUGACUCAUACCAUCACACACAUUCCAGUGUGUGUAUGUGUGUGCGUGUUAGCCUGAAUGUGUAUUUGUAGUCCCCUGUAGCUCAGUUGGUAGAGCAUGGCGCUUGCAACGCCAGGGUUGUGGGUUCGUAUCCCACGGGGGGCCAGUAUGAAAAUGUAUGCACUGGCUAACUGUAAGUGGCUCUGGAUAAGAGCAUCUGCUAAAUGACUAAAAUGUGAAAAAUGUCUGAUUGUGUGUCUGCAUUUCUAUUCCUCAGAGCAUAUGUUUGCAUGUUGAAAGGGGCCUGCUAAACACCGUUCUCUCCCUCUCCUCUAUAUCCUCUUUCCUCCUUUUCCUCCCAUCUCGCCCUUUCUUUCACUCUCUCUCCUUUCUUUACUCUGUCUCUCCCCCCUCCCCUCUCCCCCUCUCUAGGUGCAGGUGGGUAACUUCCAGAGGAUCAUAGCCAAGGUGCAGCUGGGUGGUAGUGAGCUGGCCAUCGUGGUGUCCAUCGUGGUGUGCUGCAUCCUGCUGCUGCUGUGCACUGUGGGUAAGUGUCUGGGCUAGUGACGUUGCCGGGGAUGAUGGAUGUCUGGGCAGCCUGGCGACGGAUGCUCCAGAUGUGAGGGAGAUAAAAGGAUCUCCGGGGUUAGGGUCUCUCUCCCCCAGUCUACACAGCACAAAGACACCACUGUUACCACUGCUCCCAGUGUGUGUGUGUGUGUGUGUGUGUGUGACGUCUGUGUGUGUGUCUGUGGGUGCGAAUGUUUGUUCUCAUGUAGUUGUAUGUCUGUGUGUGUCUUUUUUUAUGUGUUUGUGUGUGUGUGUGUCUUCGACAAGUGUGUGUUUUCAUUUCUCUCCAGAAGCUGUUUAUGUAUGGAUCUUUUACAAAUGGAGUAUGUCCUGAUUUAUUACAACAUGUCAACCUGUGAUAACAGGAUAUGGCUUCAAAGACAUCUAUUUAAUGACUCGUAUGUCUCUUUCUGUGUGAUUCUCUCCCUCAUUCCUCUUUUGUCCCUCUUCUUCUUCUCUCUCUCUCUCUCUCUCUCUCUCUCUCUCUCUCUCUCUCUCUCUCUCUCUCUCUCUCUCUCUCUCUCUCUCUCUCUCUCUCUCUCUCUCUCAGCUCUGGUGGUGUACUGUACUAAGAGCCGGAGGGCGGAGCGCUACUGGCAGAAGACUCUGCUGCAGAUGGAGGAGAUGGAGUCCCAGAUCAGAGAGGAGAUCCGCAAAGGUGCAGAACCACACACACACUUGUACUAGCAGAAAGGCAGGAGUUUCUGUGUGAUCCCUAAUGCUACCAGCAGGUCUCCCUACACUCAGAUGUUAUUAGCGCUCCAUUGAAGUCUCGCUCAUGUUCUCUGAUGUUCCUGGGCCAAGGCUAUAUGAGGGAAAACAGAAACGUGGACCUUCACUUACGUAUUUGUUUGUGUCUGUGCGUACAUGUGGUGGCAGCAGUUGAAAGAUGUGUGCAUAGUUAGCGUGACUCAUAAAACACACAGACUGAGUAGUGAUCACUCACUCACACUCACACACACACACACAAACAUGGUGGUCACACAUUGCUUCAGUUGUGUCUACCCUGUAGGGGCGAAGCGGUAGGGGUGUGAGAGGAGAGGGGAGGGGAGAGGAGGGGAGGGGUCACUGUGGGCCAGUCUGAGCGACCAGAUUUAUAGGACAGAUAGAUAAAGAUGGAUAAAUAGAGAAAGAGAAAUGGAGAGGGUGAGAGGAAGGGAGGCAGAAAUAGGGGCAGGAGUCAGGGACAUGUUUCUGUGGGGAGAGGUGUGGGAAGAGGAGGAGGAGAAAGGGAGGAGGACGAGGGAAAGAAGAGGAGAAGAGGUUUGUUAGAGGACAUAUACAGAUGUGUGGGUGAGAUCAGGGUGUGUGUGUCAGGGGUGGGGGAAAGGUUUGGGAAGGGAGGAGCAGGUGGGAGGAGAGAAGGGAAGAGGGGAGAAGGGAGGAGCAGGUGGGAGGAGAGAAGGGAAGAGGGGAGAAGGGAGGAGCAGGAGGGAGGAGAGAAGGGAAGAGGGGAGAAGGGAGGAGAUGGAGGAAAGUAGCAGUAAAGAGAUUGGCAUAUUGCAGGGACCAUCCAUCAAGAUCACACGUGUCAAACUCAUUCCACGGAGGGCCGAGUCUUUUCCGUGUACUUGAUUAAUGAAUUAAGGUCACUAAUUAGUAAGGAACUCCCCACACCUGGUUGUCUAGGGCUUAAUUAAAAGGAAAAAACAAAAACCUGCAGACACUAGGCCUUACAUGGAAUGAGUUUGACACCCCUGAUCUAGACGAAUGAGAAUAGUUUGGUAUGUGUGGGAGUCAUAAGAUGUGUGACUGAAGAGCAUUGGAAUUUGGCUGUGGAGUCAGUCAUUGAUGGUCAGGCCUGACCAAAGGACUAUUUGUCAUGGGAUGUAUUAUCCCGAAGGGAAAUGCUAAGAGGGUGUUUUGGCCUGAGACACACACACACACACACACACACACACACACACACACACAGUCACACAGAAUGUCUCCAUGGUGAUUAGUGUAUAAAACAUAAACAAACUUCUCAUCCUGAGGAAGGAAGAGCUUGUCCAUAAAGAGAUCUCCCAUGUCCAAUAACGAGACAACAGAACAUAAUCCACUCAUACCAGAACCUAUGAAACCCAUGUGUUUAGAUAUGCUGAUACUGUUAUUGUGGGUUUUACUGCUAGCACACAUGGUUCUGAUAGGAGGCUCUCAGAUUGGAUCUGGCAGCUCUGAUUGUGUUUUGUAAAUAUUUCCUUGCAUGCCGUGCUGGACUGCAUAUGCUGGCACAGUCAUGUGAUACCAGAACAUGCUAGAAUGUAAUGUAGUUAAACCUGGAUUCUGGGAUAUUCUAGAAUGUGAAAGAAUGUUCUAGAAUGUUCUACAACUAGGUAGAGACAUAUGCAUGGUUCUGGGCCUGUGUUCUGGAAUAAAAUACAGAGUUGUCUGAGGUGUUCUAGACUAAAUGUCCUGUGAAUGGUGGUGAGAUUUUGUCCUCUAACCCUGUGGUAUCCCUCAAGGCUUUGCAGAGCUGCAGACAGAUAUGACAGACUUGACUAAGGAGCUGAACAGCAGCCAGGGAAUCCCCUUCCUGGAGUACAAACAGUUUGUCACACGCACUUUCUUCCCAAAGGUGAGUCAGUCAGUCUCACACAAACACACCUACCUUCUUCCCCCAAGGUGGGUAUCACCUUACUACAACCAUUAGAGAGAGAGAUUUUCGAUCAGGAACAAUUUACAUUGAAUAGUUCUUCACACAUCCAAGAUAUUUUUAGUCGCUAGCGGAGAACAUAUAUUUGUUACAGGUAAGUGUUUUCUCCUCUCUGAUGUGCUAUCCAUCCUUGAAGUAUAGUUUUUUUGUCUGCACCUCUGUUUUUCCACAGACAGAGAUACAGACAGAACAGUGUGUUUCAUGUUUUAACAUGAAGUUUCAAGGAGACAGAACAAUGCUGGGCACUCACACAAGAAAACUUUCCCUUACUUUCCCCACACACUGCUACAGACAGCACACAUUGUACUCACCCAUACGCACUUUUACACUUGUGUAUGCACACACACUCUUUAGUACAGGGUUCUUCAAUUCCGGUCCUGGAGGGCCGAAACACCUCUGUUUUUCAUCCUCUCCUUCUAAUCAGGGGCUAAUUCAAACCUGGGACACCAGGUGAGUGCAAUUAACUACCAGGUAGAAAUAAAAAACAGAAGUGUUUCGGCCCUCCAGGACCCUGCUUUAGUACAACCUAACCAUGGCAGGGAGCUUAGCAGUUAGAGCACGUGUCAAACUCAUUCCAUGGAGGGCCGAGUGUGCAGGUUUUUGCUCCUCCCUUGUACUUGAUUGAUGAAUUAAGUUCACUAAUUAGUAAGGAACUGCCCACACCUGGUUGUCUAGGGCUUAAUUUAAAGGAAAAUCCCCAAAACACACUCUGAUUCUGUCUCUCUGUGUGUUUAUCUCAGAUGUAUUCAGACUAUGAGAGGAGUCUGGUCCAGCCCGUCUAUGAGAACAACGCCCUCGGUCCACGAGCCCUCCCUGAGACACACCCCCUUCUGCAGGACUGGCAGGUAAAGAGUUAACCCCCUGAAGUGUUCCACUAUCCAUUCUCCUCUCUACCUCCAGCGCCUUGAUUCUAUUCCUCUACUUCCUCGCUCCUCUGCUUCACAACUGGGUCACACUGAUUAUUAAGUCUCCACGGUGAGGCUGUUGAUUAGGAGUAACUAUAGAAGGAAACCACAACUGUGUGUGUGUGUGUGUGUGUGUGUGUGUGUGUGUGUGUGUGUGUGUGUGUGUGUGUGUGUGCAUGUUUUGUAUAUACAUUGCAUUUUAAUUCCUAUUCACCAGCUGCCAGUCCUUUUGAUUCAGGCAGUUUUCAUGUUGUCAAACACUACCCCAGCCCACCCAGACACUGGCAGAUUGUUGACACACUUCCCAACAUCUCAAUGAUAAUGGCACCACACACAUUCUAUCGCAACCAUAAGGACAGCCACCUCUGUUGGUUGUGUGUGUGUGUGUGUGUGUGUGUGUGUGUGUGUGUGUGUGUGUGAGAAAGAGAGAGAUCUACUAUUGCAUCACUGCAUGGUUUUGGGUCAACAGCCUGGGGAGCCUGUCUAAGAGUGAUAAAGUGUUUCAGAUCCUCACCGUCUUCCCGUGUUUUCCAGGCCACAGCGUCCAAAUCUCACUGGCCGCCAUUUAUCACCACUCUCCUUCUGUCACUGUGAAAACAGGAGCAUAUUGCUGCAGUCCAGGGGGAAGACUUUAUAAGAGCACUGCUUAGAUGCACCGUUAGAUAGGAUAUGAUCUCAUUAACUAGGCUGAGAGUGUUUUCGAAGACAAUAUUAGAAAGCACCAGCGGACUGUGAUGAUAUUAAGAGAGAGCAGGUGAAAAGCUCAGAGGUGGAAACUGCAUAAUGAGUUUUAGUGGUCAUACCCUGAUCAUAUGGAGUUAUGAGGUGGAUUUGGGUUAGGGAGGAGGCUGAUUGAACAGGUUGGUUAAAUACACAUACUGUAACUCCCUCUUUUCUCUUUUCUCUCCUCUAAUUCUCUUUCUCUCUCCAGCCCUCUAACACAGCCAAGCCUAACAUGGAAGAGGGCAUAACUCUCUUCUCCACCCUUCUCAACAACAAGCACUUCCUGGUUACCUUCGUCCACGCGCUGGAGCAACAGAAGGACUUUGCCGUACGCGACAGGUAACCAUGAAAAUCAUGACAACCAUACACACUUCAAACCCAAAGCACUGUGACUGUCUACUGCAGCACAAGGGCCCGAUUCCGACCCAAGUUAAGCGCCCGUAAAUGGAACGUUAUUCCCUUUUUGUGAAUGUUUCUCUCUAUGUUAAUUCUGACCUUGAACUUAAGCAUGAGAAUAGCAUGCUAUUCACCCGCUAUUCAUUAGGGGUGGAGAUCUAAGAAAUGAAGGUGUGGAGGAGGUGUGUCUACAAAUAAAUUGUAUUCUGCCCUUGACUUAAUUCCCUCACAAUUCCAUCCCCUUUGCACGCGAGGAAACCAUGAAUAAGGUAGAGCAAACCUACCGGUUCCAAGUGGGAAAAGCAUCUACUUUCUUUUUUCAGAUAGAAAUAACAGCAUUUUCCAUGCACUGUGGAAAAAUGGAUGAGCUAUUGAUAAGUGCUAGGUAAAUUAGUAAUACGUUUGGAGAAGGGGAUUGUAAAUGCAUAUAGCAAUUGUUUUAGAUUAUUUUUCUUUAUGAUCCCUGGAGACUAAUGUGAAACCAGCCAUAUGGAAGCAAACUGAAAAUCAAAUCAACAUGACAUAUAUUUUCCACAGUGAAACAGGUUAUAAACAAGUAUAAAAAAUGUAUGCACUCACUAACUGUAAGUCGCUCUGGAUAAGAGCGUCUGCUAAAAUGACGUAAAUGUAAAAAAUAAAUAGCUGUGCUGUUAUUCCGAAUUUUAAUUGUGUGGCCUCAUAAUUUGAUGUAUGCGCUUUAUAAUGUUUUAAUUAUAGCCUAUACCCAGGCUUUUUUCUGUUUUAUUUUACAAUUUGUAUCAUGUUAAAUAUUAGCCACUAUCGGGAGCCACCGUCAGUAAAACUCACAUACAUUUAUAACUGUCACUUUAGCUUACAUUUUGCAUCAUUUUAUUCCAUUUAGUUUACCUUUCUUUCCUCUGUCACGUCCGUGUAAGUUGUUCCUGAGGGUCGCUAGCAUUAGUGGAUCAUAUUAGGCUAACGUUGUGCAAUAAUUUGGGACAUGUAGCCUAUUUGAAUCAUUAUGGAACUCAGACCACACGUAGCAGGUUAAACCCGGAGCCUGGUGCACGCUUUACAACGACUGGACUGUUGUCAUACAGUUAGUAGAUUAGUGAGAAUUAGGGUAGAUGUAUAGGACUAUUGGUCAACCCCUGUUGUAAACUUUUUUCCACCUUCCAAUGUUUCAUGGAUUGAAUUUGAAUAUGACAACUUUCAGGAUGAAUCAAACCAAUGUAUUUUUUAUUCAUCAAUAUAUUUUGUGAGUAAAGGCUCUCCAAACCAGUUUUUCUUAAUGAUUCAUACAUACUUUCCUAACCCUAAAAUGUGCCUACAUAAUCUACAAGAUCAGAGUAUUUUGACAUCUACCAGUUCAAUCAAUCAAAUGUAUUUAUAAAGCCCUUUUAUACAGAAACCCAGCCUAAAACCCCAAACGGCAAGCAAUGCAAAUGUAGAAGCACGGUGGCUAGGAAAAACUCCCUAGAAAGGCAGGAACCUACAUUUUACAUUUUAGUAAUUUAGCAGACGCUCUUAUCCAGAGCGACUUACAGUUAGUUACCUAGGAAGAAACCUAAAGAGGAACCAGGCUCUGAGGGGUGGCCAGUCCUCUUCUGGCUGUGCUGGGUGGAGAUUAUAAGAGUACAUGGCCAUUUAAGGCCAGAUUGUUCUUCAAGAUGUUCAAACGUUCAUAGAUGACCAGCAGGGUCAAAUAAUAAUGACAGUGGUUGUAGAGGGUGCAACAGGUCAGUACCUCAGGAGUAAAUGUCAGGAGACUAUUAUGCAUAGAUUUAGAUGGCUUUCUUUUAUUGAUCCCUAUUUUCUGAACCAUUUCUCUCAAUGUAUUCUAGUCUGUCACCAAAAUUCUAAAUAAAGGUACACAGUAUUUAAAGGGAUAGCUUAAAAUUAAGAUAAAUGUACUGACAACCCUAUUCCACAAGAAAAUAUGUUGGCCAGCAAGUGGGAGGGUUUUCAGCGGUUGAAUUACAUUUAUUUAGCGCGUGCAAGGGAACCACGCCUGCAAAGCCCGUUACACACCUGCACAAGGUAAGUCUGAAUAUCAACUACUGAGAAAUGUGUAAGAAAGGCGUAAUUUCCUAAGUCGGAAUCGUGCCCUAACUGAUUAUCCUAUGUAUCCACCUCUUCCCAGUUCAAAGUGUUUAUGUGUAGAAUAUGACAGCUCCAUACAACACCUCAGCAUAUCAGUGUAAAAACAGAACGUUGUUCUGGAGGCUCCUCAAAAACCUGGGAGAUUCCCGAGGCCCACCCUAGCAGAGUUGCCAACAACCGGAUGCAUCCAGUUUUCAGGGAUACAGCUAUCUUCAACCUAGCUUCCUUUUCUGCUGAAAAAUGGAUUUAGGAACUCAGGCGUUUGUUUUAUGCCUGCUACAUUAGGUUACCCGAGGCCAGACCACUUCCCUCCCUCUCCAGGCUAAGCACCACAGCAGUGGUUUGGCCAUAAUGUUUCCCCUGCCUGGUCUCCUGGAUGAAAGGCUCUUUGUUAUGGAAAUCACCCCCUCCACACCCUCUGUCCAUUUAGACCACUCAUAAGUAAAGCGGUGCCAGUUAAGAAGGGAAACCUGAGUGUGGUGGCAUCAGCUGAUGCCAUCAGCAGAUAUUGCGUCAAAUGGAUUCACACUCUACUUACAUGCGGUCUAUUUAAGUUGACCAGUUGUACACAUGCUUCCUCAAUGCCAGAUGUCACAUGCACACAUGUGCUGGUGUCUCUUGCUAAUGCCAAGACUGUGCAUUGUUAUCUUUUCAAAUAAAUGGUUAGACGUACAAGUGGUGUUUCCCUUCUGAACAACAUAACAGUGCGUUCUCCGUUGUGGGGAGUAAAUCAUCUUUCAUGAAUUGGAUAUGUCUCUGUACUCACACACAUUUUUGUGUUUUUCUUUUGUCUCUCUCUUCUCAGGUGUAGCCUGGCGUCCCUGCUCACUAUCGCCCUCCAUGGUAAACUAGAGUACUACACCAGCAUUAUGAAGGAUCUGCUGGUGGACCUGAUCGAUGCCUCGGCCGCCAAGAACCCCAAGCUGAUGCUGCGACGCACAGAGUCUGUGGUGGAGAAGAUGCUCACCAACUGGAUGUCCAUCUGCAUGUACAGCUACCUCAAGGUGAGGGAGGGAGUGAGGGAGGUAGGGAGGGAGGGAGGGAGGGGUAAUAAAAAAGAGACUCACCUUGACCUUUUUAUCAAAUCAUGAGGAUCCACUGUCAAUGUUGUUGUAGCCCCUUACUGAGAAACAGUCAUCAUUCCUUAGUUGUCAAACCUUUCUGUCACGUUGUUAACAUGCUACUGUGAUGUUUUCUUCAGGAGACAGUGGGCGUGCCCUUCUUCCUACUACUGUCUGCCAUCAAGCAGCAGAUCAACAAGGGUUCUAUAGACGCCAUCACAGGGAAGGCCCGGUACACCCUCAACGAGGAGUGGCUGCUCAGAGAGAACAUUGAGGCCAAGCCACAGGUCAGUCACCACACGGCAAUGCUGAUGUCAUAUACUGACCACUGAUUGGUUAAUAAAAAAGGAAAAAGUCUUGCUGUAUGCAUGUAUCAUGCGUCAAUCAUUCACCUCUAUACAAUCCUGUUUUAUAUUGUCCUAAUUAAAUAAUUGUGACCUACCCUGCCUCCUCUAAUGUCCUCCCUCUCUUUGUGUGUGUCCAGAACAUCAACGUGUCGUUCCAGGGCUGCGGGAUGGACUCUCUGGUUGUGAGGGUGAUGAACACAGACACCAUCUGCCAGGUGAAGGAUAAGAUUCUAGAUGCCUUCUAUAAGAACCUGCCCUUCUCCCAGUGGCCCCAGGCAGAGGACGUAGACCUGGGUGAGAAAACUGUAUUUUAUUCUCCUUCCUUUAUUUAGAGUCCUCAUUGAGGAAGAAAUGUUUUGAAAGGGAGCGCUGAUCAACUCUUGCUUUGUAGCUCAACUAACAUGAAGCUCGUGCAAUAGAUGGCCAAAUGCAUUUGAACAUUUAUGACAUUCUUUCCUUUUCCUCGUCCCUCUCUCUCUUUUCUUCCCCUCUCUGCUGUCCUGUAGAAUGGUUUGCGUCUGGUAGCAACAGCAGGAUCCUCCAGGACCUGGAUAACACUUCAGUGAUGGAGGAUGGCAGGAAGAAACUCAACACAGUCACGCAUUACCAGGCAAGGCUCUGCUCCCACCACACACACAUCAUCUCACCUGUGCGUGUGUGUGCGUGCGCAAGUGAAUGUGUGCGUGGUGUGUGUGUGUGAGGUGUUUCCCUGACAUUGUCACACUCACAGCAAGGUUAACAGAGAGGUGAGGGUGAGAAGUCACUGUACAUGUUGAUUGCCCGAGUUGUGCCACAUUCUGUUUAUCUGUGUUUUCAUACAAAUGGGUGUCAAUACAGUAUGUGUGUGGUUUCCUCUGUGACUGUGUGUGUUUGUGUGUCAUCUUACACAUGCAGUAUGUUAGUGUGUGAUUUCUGUUUUUGUUUGUAUCUGUCAUUGUCUGUGGGUAUUUGUUUGUCUUGGCGUUUUUAAAUUUUUUGGGGGGGUCUUUGCAUUUUCUAGUGUCUUGUUAUGUUUGUAAUGUGUCCGAGUAAUUAUGUGUGUCUGAGUGUAUUUGUGUAUCUGAGUGACCUCUAACCUUUGCCCUGUUACCAGUGCUGUUUCGUGCUCUGUUUAGUAAGUGCUGAGCUAUAGAGAGCUGUGAAGGCAGCGAGGCACAGUGUGUACCAACAGUCUCGGUUCACUGGCAAGGCUGUUCAAUCCAUUUCACUGUGUUGACUUUAAUGAGCCCAGCGAGCCCCCCUGCAACCCCCCCACAGCCCCCCUGCCACUUCAGACACACCCACACACCCAAACACACACACACACCCUGAGGCAGCGGUUAAUGAUCCAGUUCUCGUGCCCCCCCUCUCACCCCUGUCCCUGUGACCUCUGAACCCUCCCACAGAUCCCAGAGGGGGCGUCGUUCGCCAUGAGCAUGAAAGACAAGAGAGACAACACCCUGGGGAGAGGUAGGUCACACACACACACUCUGUCACCUUGUCACACACUCCUACAUGCUUAGAAAAACAUUAACUUUAUUAUGGUCAAACUGCACACACUCACUUCAUCCUGAUCAUAUUACACACAUACAGUGAGGGAAAAAAGUAUUUGAUCUCCUGCUGAUUUUGUACGUUUGCCCACUGACAAAGAAAUGAUCAGUCUAUAAUUUUAAUGGUAGGUUUAUUUGAACAGUGAGAGACAGAAUAACAACAAAAACAUCCAGAAAAACGCAUGUCAAACAUUUUAUAAAUUGAUUUGCAUUUUAAUGAGGGAAAUAAGUAUUUGACCCCCUCUCAAUCAGAAAGAUUUCUGGCUCCCAGGUGUCUUUUAUACGGGUAACGAGCUGAGAUUAGGCUCCCGAGUGGCGCAGCGGUCUAAGGCACUGCAUCUCAGUGCUUGAGGCGUCACUACAGACCCCCUGGUUCGAUUCCAGGCUGUAUCACAACCGGCCGUGAUUGGGAGUCCCAUAGGGCGGCGCACAAUUGGCCCAGCGUCGUCCAGGUUUGGCCGGUGUAGGCCAUCAUUGUAAAUAAUAAUUUGUUCUUAACUGACUUGCCUAGUUAAAUAAAGGUAAAAUAAAAAUAAAUUAAAAAACACUCUUAAAGGGAGUGCUCCUAAUCUCAGCUUGUUACCUGUAUAAAAGACACCUGUCCAAAGAAGCAAUCAAUCAGAUUCCAAACUCUCCACCAUGGCCAAGACCAAAGAGCUCUCCAAGGAUGUCAGUGACAAGAUUGUAGACCUACACAAGGCUGGAAUGGGCUACAAGACCAUCGCCAAGCAACUUGGUGAGAAGGUGACAACAGUUGGUGUGAUUAUUCGCAAAUGGAAGAAACACAAAAGAACUGUCAAUCUCCCUCGGCCUGGGGCUCCAUGCAAGAUCUCACCUCGUGGAGUUGCAAUGAUCAUCAGAACGGUGAGGAAUCAGCCCAGAACUACACGGGAGGAUCUUGUCAAUGAUCUCAAGGCAGCUGGGACCAUAGUCACCAAGAAAACAAUUGGUAACACACUAUGCCGUGAAGGACUGAAAUCCUGCAGCGCCCGCAAAGUCCCCCUGCUCAAGAAAGCACAUAUACAGGCCCGUCUGAAUUUUGCCAAUGAACAUCUGAAUGAUUCAGAGGAGAACUGGGUGAAAGUGUUGUGGUCAAAUGAGACCAAAAUCGAGCUCUUUGGCAUCAACUCAACUCGCUGUGUUUGGAGGAGGAGGAAUGCUGCCUAUGACCCCAAGAACACCAUUCCCAUCGUCAAACAUGGAGGUGGAAACAUUAUGCUUUGGGGGUGUUUUUCUGCUAAGGGGACAGGACAACUUCACCACAUCAAAGGGACGAUGGACGGCGCCAUGUACCGUCAAAUCUUGGGUGAGAAUCUCCUUCCCUCAGCCAGGGCAUUGGAAAUGGGUCGUGGAUGGGUAUUUCAGCAUGACAAUGACCCAAAACACACGGCCAAGGCAACAAAGGAGUGGCUCAAGAAGAAGCACAUUAAGGUCCUGGAGUGGGACAAAAUCCCUCCUGAGAUGUGUGCAAACCUGGUGGCCAACUACAAGAAACAUCUGACCUCUGUGAUUGCCAACAAGGAUUUUGCCACCAAGUACUAAGUCAUGUUUUGCAGAGGGGUCAAAUACUUAUUUCCCUCAUUAAAAUGCAAAUCAAUUGAUAACAUUUUUGACAUGUGUUUUUCUAGAUUUUUUUGUUGUUAUUCUGUCUCUCAUUGUUCAAAUAAACCUACCAUUAAAAUUAUAGACUGAUCAUGUCUUUGUCAGUGGGCAAACGUACAAAAUCAGCAGGUGAUCAAAUACUUUUUUCCCUCACUGUACACACACAUCAAACCACAGACAUACAUACAUUUCCCGCCAAUAAAACACGCUGUAACACACUCUCGCUUAAUCAAUCACACACGGAUGCAUGCACACGCACACAUCUGUACAUUUAGACCUUUCAACAGCAUGGUUGAUGUCCAGUAUCCAUAAGCCUGAACAGAUAUCUAGCCCCAGAUGAAACAGGAGGGGGUGGUGUUCCCUGUACCAGAUGAUUCCUCUACUGGGACGUUAACGUUCCGGUCCAGUCUGCUAACCUCAUCCAGAACAGAUCUUAGUUCUGACAGACCACUCUGUCCACACUAAUGAUUAGGGCCUCUCCUCUCAGUCAUGCUGGGCCAGAAACAGGCUAAAUGGGUGUGAAGGAAACCCUGGCUAAUGUAAAACACAUUUACCCCUCUCUGUGAUCACCUCAGAGGGUCUGGACUGGGACCGAGGCCUAAACCUGUCUGCCUGCCAAGACUAGGCCUCGAGUAAUGAGAGCACAUUCACCAUGGGGCUGUGUGUGUGUGUGUGUGUGUGUGUGUGUGUGUGUGUGUGUGUGUGUUUGUUUGUGUGUGUGUGCAUGCAAACCAAGAAGAGACGGAACCUCUGCCCUAACGAUGCCUGGGCUUUGUAAACUCAUUAGACUGGCUCCAGGACCAAUCACAAACUCCAUGUCUGCCUGUCUCUGUUUCUCUUCAGCUUUUCUCCCUCUCAUUCUUUUCACUCAUAAUCUUUCUUUUUUUCACUCCACUCCCAAUUCACCUUAAUCGUUCACGCUCACAUACACUCUCUCUUUUUCCAUAAACCCCUCUCUCUUCCUUUUUGCUGUCUAUCACUCGUCUACCACACUCCUCCAAUCUUCUUUCUUUCAAACUCUCUCUCUCUCUCUCUCUCUCUCUCUCUCUCUCUCUCUCUCUCUCUCUCUGUCUCUCUGUCUCUCUGUCUCUCUGUCUCUCUGUCUCUCUGUCUCUCUCUCUCUCUCUCUCUCUCUCUCUCUCUCUCUGUCUCUCUCUCUCUCUCUCUCUCUCUCUCUCUCUCUCUCUCUCUCUCAGGUCUCCUCCUCUGAUUUGUCAUUGUUUUAUUUCUGUAUUUUCUCUCCCUCUGCAGCCAAAGACUUGGACACAGAGAAAUAUGUCCAUUUGGUAAGUACACACACACACACACACACACACACACACACACACACACACACGGACAGAGAGUGUUCUCAUUCACCUCUAUUGACCCCGUUCCCACUGCCAUCAGCCCAUUGGUCUCAGAGAGAGCUCAAUUUAACACAGACACAGUGAAAGCCUGAGCAAUACAUCUGACUACACACUUUCAUAAGAGUUUGAGUGUGCAUGUGCAUAUAGGAAAGCUGGAGCAAGAACAUGAAAGCACUAAUAUCACAUAAGCCAUUGAAAAAAACUCAUAUGACUUUGGGUUUGACAUAAUGCGUUCUCUGGCAUACAUUUCACUGAGGGAUAGCUUUAGUCAAUUUUAGUGAGCAGUUUUUUGAUGUGGGACUUCAUAUUAUGGUGUGCUGGACUGGAGCUUAUUGACAGGCUCAGUAGAGGGAAAACGCCACUCUCUUUCUACUCCACCUCCAUACCACUGUCCUAGCUAAGACCUGUAGGAGCAUGUUACACAUGAUACUGGUACUGCGUAAGAGAAAAUUCCAGAAUUUCCCAACUUGCAGUAUUUCAUAAAGUGACAUAAUGUUAGUCAUACCUCAUAAAUCCCCACUGUGAUUCCUGGGUCGUAUUCAGGAGGCAAGAAUAAGAGAAAGCCUCCUGAAAUGGAUGACGCAUUAAGUGAACUUUUCCAAAAAUAACACUUUCUUUUCAUUUCAUCUCCCUGUCAAAUGUAAGUCACACCUCCGUAGUAGAUUCCCAUUUAGAUUGAGGUCAUUUCCCACCAUGCUGAUUGGAUGUUUUUGUACCCUGACCUCUAACCUCUAAUCUCUGCCCCUGCCCAUCUAGGUCCUGCCUCAUGAUGAGCUGUUUGAGAAUAAGAAGUCCCACAGACAGAGUCACCGUAAGAAGGUCCUCCCUGAGAUCUACCUGACACGCCUCCUCUCCACCAAGGUAAGAAAAAAAAAACGAUGUGUCAGCCAUCUUAAACGAUUUGCAGUCUACAAUACUGUGACAGAAAGCAGUGCCAGCCUAGUUUGAGUGCCCGUCUGUUACUGCUUCAGCUAGCCAACUCCUUGGCAUGUCCAAUUGUGAGCCUAAACAGUUUGGCAUGACAAUCACAGAGUAGUUGGCUAAAGCAAAGGCAUCAUUCCAUUACCAUUAUGAAUCAAUCCAUCAUCAGUUCUAUUUACAGUGACAUCAUCCUGGAAUUCAAAACAAUCCAUCUUGAUCCCAGUUCUGGUUCCGUGUCUGAUCCCAUCUGUGUUGUGAUUCCGUAGGGAACGUUGCAGAAGUUCCUGGAUGACCUUUUCCAGGCCAUCCUCAGUAUUCCUGCAGAGCGUCCCCCACUGGCCAUCAAAUACUUCUUUGACUUCCUGGAGGAGCAGGCGGACAAGAGAGGCAUCACCGACCCUGACACCCUGCACAUCUGGAAGACCAACAGGUAGGGGAAUUCAAUGAGAUACAUCUAAUCAUCUACUCAUCAAUGUAGCAUGAUGCACUAGAGUACCCAUAAUGCAAAAUGUUUUCUGAAGCUCACAUAAUGUUUUCCCAUCUCCUUAGUUUACCCCUGCGUUUCUGGGUGAACAUCCUGAAGAACCCUCAGUUUGUGUUUGACAUUGAUAAGACGGAUCACAUGGAUGCCUGUCUGUCUGUCAUCGCCCAGGCCUUCAUAGAUGCCUGCUCCAUUUCAGACCUGCAGCUGGGCAAGGUGAGACAUUCAAACACUUUACACAUGCAUUACACACGCCUACACAUACAUAAUCACUGCUAGGUGAAUACAUUUAUAUUUUAGUCAUUUAGCAGACGCUCUUCUCCAGAGUGACUUACAGUUAGUGAGUGCAUACGUUUUCAUACUGGCCCCCCGUGGGAAUCGAACCCACAACCCUGGCGUUGCAAGCACCAUGCUCUACCAACUGAGCUACACGGGACCUACACACUCAUAGACAGGUUGGUAGGUAGGUAGGUUAAACAUCCAGGCAUAAGCGAUAUAAGUGGUCGGGGUGUCAACUUACUGUUGAGAGUUAGAAUAGUAGAAUAAACAAGGUGUAAGUUCGAAAUUUGGUUGUGCAUCAGCAGUUUUUCAAUUUUUUUGUCAGUCAUUGACUUUCACUCAAUUAGCCAUGUCAGCUAACAAUUUUUUGAUUGUAAGUUAGUCUAGCCUGUUAUCUGAACUUGUAGUUAUCAUGGCCGAAUACCGACCGGGCACACAUGGCAUAAGCCAUGACAAAAUAUGUAGAAUUGUAGGAAAUUAGCUUUAAAACUGCAAAGAUUUCUCUCCACCCCAUGGCAGAAUGGGUAGAAUUACAGGAAAUUUGCUUUAAAACGGCAAAAAUCCAUCUCUGCAUCAUGACAAAAUAAGUAGAAUUGCAUGACAUUUCUUAUAAAAUUGCAAUAUUUUCUCUACGCCGCCUUGGCAAAAUGUGUAGUAUUGCUGGAUAUUAACUUUAAAAAGUAAAAAAAUUUAUCCACUGUCAAGAGGCGGACCACAAAAAUUGGUGAAUGAAACGACAUUACAGAUAUCACCUUUUACUUGAGGGUAUUUUAAUACAUACAGUGGGGAAAAAAAGUAUUUAGUCAGCCACCAAUUGUGCAAGUUCUCCCACUUAAAAAGAUGAGAGAGGCCUGUAAUUUUCAUCAUAGGUACACGUCAACUAUGACAGACAAAAUGAGAAAAUAAAAUCAAGAAAAUCACAUUGUAGGAUUUUUAAUGAAUUUAUUUGCAAAUUAUGGUGGAAAAUAAGUAUUUGGUCACCUACAAACAAGCAAGAUUUCUGGCUCUCACAGACCUGUAACUUCUUCUUUAAGAGGCUCCUCUGUCCUCCACUCGUUACCUGUAUUAAUGGCACCUGUUUGAACUUGUUAUCAGUAUAAAAGACACCUGUCCACAACCUCAAACAGUCACACUCCAAACUCCACUAUGGCCAAGACCAAAGAGCUGUCAAAGGACACAAGAAACAAAAUUGUAGACCUGCACCAGGCUGGGAAGACUGAAUCUGCAAUAGGUAAGCAGCUUGGUUUGAAGAAAUCAACUGUGGGAGCAAUUAUUAGGAAAUGGAAGACAUACAAGACCACUGAUAAUCUCCCUCGAUCUGGGGCUCCGCGCAAGAUCUCACCCCGUGGGGUCAAAAUGAUCACAAGAACGGUGAGCAAAAAUCCCAGAACCACACGGGGGGACCUAGUGAAUGACCUGCAGAGAGCUGGGACCAAAGUAACAAAGCCUACCAUCAGUAACACACUACGCCGCCAGGGACUCAAAUCCUGCAGUGCCCAGACGUGUCCCCCUGCUUAAGCCAGUACAUGUCCAGGCCCGUCUGAAGUUUGCUAGAGUGCAUUUGGAUAUCCAGAAGAGAUUGGGAGAAUGUCUAUGGUCAGAUGAACCAAAAUAUAACUUUUUGGUAAAACUCAACUCAUCGUGUUUGGAGAACAAAGAAUGCUGAGUGCAUCCAAGACCACAUACCUACUGUGAAGCAUGGGGGUGGAAACAUCAUGCUUUGGGGCUGUUUUUCUGCAAAGUGACCAGGGACGUCCGUGUAAAGGGACCAGGGGAACGUCCCCAAGCAGGGCAUGAGAUGAUUGCUCCAUGAAAUGCGCAGCCCACAGUGGUUCGUAAACCAUCACCAGUCUCCAGAUCUCAACCCCAUAGAAAAUCUUUGGAGGGAGUUGAAAGUCCGUGUUGCCCAGCGACAGCCCCAAAACAUCACUGCUCUAGAGGAGAUCUGCAUGGAGGAAUGGGCCAAAAUACCAGCAACAGUGUGUGAAAACCUUGUGAAGACUUACAGAAAACGUUUGACCUGUGUCAUUGCCAACAAAGGGUAUAUAACAAAGUAUUGAGAAACUUUUGUCAUUGACCAAAUACUUAUUUUCCACCAUAAUUUGCAAAUAAAUUCAUUAAAAAUCCUACAAUGUGAUUUUCUGGAUUUUCUUUUCUCAUUUUGUCUGUCAUAGUUGACGUGUACCUAUGAUGAAAAUUACAGGCCUCUCAUCUUUUUAAGUGGGAGAACUUGCACAAUUGGUGGCUGACUAAAUACUUUUUUUUCCCACUUUAUUCUCUUACACUCAGAAAAAAAAAUCCAUUGACAUUUUAGUCAUUUAGCAGACGCUCUUAUCCAGAGCAACUUACAAUUAUUGAAUUAAUCUUAAAAUAACUAGGUGAGACAACCACAUAUCAUUGUUUUGACAAGUACGGUUUCCCUCAGCAAAGUAGUUAUCAGCAAAGUCAGUGCUAGUAGGAAAAGAAAAGUGCAGUUUAUACACACACACGCACACUUUCCAACUGGGGAGAUAUCCCCAGAUUCCUCCCCAGUCCUUGCCAACCUUCCUCCCUCUUCUCUCCAGUCAGUCCGUCAGCUCUGUCUACCUCUCCUCAUGUUAUUUCAGCCCAGUCUACUCAACCAAGGUCAUGAGCACCAGGAAUCCCCUCUGUGUGUGUGUGUGUGUCUGUGUAUGUGUGUCUUUCAGUGCCCUCACUCCCCACAAAUCAGUCUCAUCCCUCAGACGUUAUGACCCCUAGCAUACACACUGCUUCCUGUCACUCUGACUGACUUCCUCCCUGGAGAUAUUUGUCAAACAAUGCUGAUCUAUUCCACUUUUUCAUUGCCAAAGAGCCAAUGCAAGUACCUCAAGCAUGUAAAACACAGAAACACACAAAUACACACAAACAAGCACACCAUUGCAUCGUAAAACAUCCAGAUGCUCAUCUUUUCUCUGCCUGUUAUUGGGAAGGGCUUCAGCUGUGCUGCCUGUAAAUAAUGUUUAUGUUGCCUGUUGUUGAGAGUAGUAGGACACUAGAUGUAUUAGACUGAGUGGAGACAGGUGUUAAGGUGUUGCUUAACCUCUCUAUUUUCUGUCAUCUCUGCUUGAGUGGUCAGCAUAGGGAGAGCAGUGCAGGAAAAGUCUGGAACCAUUGCUGUGUGUUUGGUUUUUUGUUUUACUGUACUUAUGAGGACCAGAAGUCCUCACAAGAAUAGUAAACCAAAGAGAAUUCUGACAUUUGGCCGCUCCUAAAAAGAAAAAAGGCUAAGGGGUUAGGUUUAGAACUAGGGUUAGGGCAGCGUUUCCCAAACUCGGACCUCGGGACCCAAGGUGUGCACGUUUAGUUUUUUUCCCUAACACUACACAGCUGAUUCAAAUUACCAAAGCUUGAUGAUUAGUUGAUUAUUUGAAUCAGCUGUGUAGUUAGUACUAGGGCAAAAACCAAAACGUGCCCCAUUGGGGUCCAGAGGACCGAGUUUGGGAAACCCUGGGUUAGGGUAAGAUUUAGGUUUAGGGGUUAGGAUAAAUAGGACUGAAUGGGAAUCAAUUGUUUGUCCCCAAAAAGUCCUCACAAGUAUAAUACACGUGUGUACGUGUGUGCAUGCGUGCGCACGUGUGUACCGGUCAGAGGACAGGACAGGUCAUUAAGAGGUCUGGAUUAGACGUCGCUCUGCAGGGGUGAGAGAGGGCUUGGAAACGAAGCUGUUUCCACGGAAACCUUAUCUGGUGGCCUGCAGACAGACAGUAGGGAUGGAGGGGGUGUGGGCAGUUAUUAGGGGUCAAGGGGGGUCGUCAGGCAGAUGGAGGAACCACAGGAAAUGAAAUGACCUUGUGGACAGGAAGAGAGGGAUUCCUAUCAGGAGGAGGGGCAGUGGCUGGAGUCUUCCUAGCUUCGAUACCACACACACACACACACACACACACACACACACACACACACACACGCAAAUGCAUAGCCUACAUAUCUGAAUGCUCAGCUCAACCCAAUACCUUGUAUGUGAACCUUUCUUAGUGAUUGAAUAAUGCUUUCAGUACCAUUGUAAAUGCUGUCAGUAACUUGGAGAAGUAGCAGAUGUAAGUAGAAGGAAGGGUUGUUAUGUCUGGCCUGGUUCUCUGUGGCUGUGGAUAUGGUUUGUUUAACUUUCCUAUUGUGAGGAGAGGAAACCCUGGCACCUCCCUUCAUUGUCUCAGGGAGGUGCUGACCUACUCACUCACUGAUAACACCAACCAACCACUCCCUAUGACCAUAGACCAACCAUGUAUCAACCAUAGACCAACCACACUAUGACCACAGACCAUGCUGCCCACAGUCUCAUGAACAACUCACUGACCAUAGACCACACUCACCGUACACUGAUGCUAGACUGGACUGAGCCCUGUCAUACUGAAAACAAUCUGACAACCAUACACAGGCAGUGGUUAUUUACAUACAGAUCUUGGUCAGGAGAGUGGUUAAGGAUAGAACUAGUUUGGUUGAGUGUUAAAAGAUCAAGUUCCAGGGAGGUUACUUUGACUAAAUAGGACUUUGUCUCUUGUUUCAGGACUCUCCCACUAACAAGCUGCUGUAUGCCAAGGAGAUCCCAGAGUACAAGAAGAGGGUGCAGUGCUACUACAAGCAGAUCCAGGAGAUGGCGCCACUGAGUGAGCAGGAGAUGAACGCCCACUUGGCCGAGGAGUCACGGGUGAGAGAGCGAGGGGUGACAGAUCAAUACAUGAUUGAUUAAUUGUAAUUUGUCAGCCUUGGUGGUGGACUGUUACUGCAUUCAACUGUGCUACACUGUUCAUCCAUGUAUUACUUUUUUGAGUUUUUUUUGUCUGAUGGAUUUAUAUCAUAACAAUACGCUCACUCUGUUUUCGGUUCCACAGAAAUACAGAAAUGAGUUCAAUACCAACCUGGCCUUGACGGAGAUCUACAAAUACGCCAAGAAAUACAGAAACCAGGUAAGAUCCCCUAUCUCUCUCACUACCUCUGCCCUGGAUAAGCUGUUUGACACGUUUAAACUGGCCCUAUCUCCAGCCUUAUCACCAGUCUAUAUUCCACAUGGAGUUUAGAGUUUCAGAGAGAGAGAUGAGUAUCAGGGCAUGAAGCAUCAGUACAGGAGAUCACACGCUUCUUUAAAGAUCUAACGGCCUCUUCACAACCCCACACACCCUCUUUCAUCCAGAGACCCAAAAUAUCCCUCUACACCCAGAUCAUAUAGAGACCCAAACUAUGUUCCUGACGUUCUCCCAAUAAUAGCCACAUUCUCUUCUGAACCCUCCUCAACCAAAUACAUACCCAACAGCACAGCGCUUGUGACCCCACGUGCUCCACAUCCUGUCCUUAACUUUCCGCCAGCACAACCUUUACCACACAAGACCUCGUCAUCAACCACCCCUAUCGGUUUAAUGACAGCCCCCCCCCCCCCCCCCCCCCCCCCCCCCCCCCCCCCCCCCCCCCCCCCCCCCCCCAAACGCACACGCACACACACACACACACACACCUACUGUUCCGUGGAAUGAUUCAGACAUUGAUAAUGUCUGACGGCCCUCAUCAUAAUGUCUGAGGGCCCUCAUCAUAAUGUCUCACGGCCCUCAUCAUAAUGUCUGACGGCCCUCAUCAUAAUGUCUGACGGCUCUCAUCAUAAUGUCUGACGGCCCUCAUCAUAAUGUCUGACGGCUCUCAUCAUAAUGUCUGACGGCUCUCAUCAUAAUGUCUGACGGCUCUCAUCAUAAUGUCUGACGGCUCUCAUCAUAAUGUCUGACGGCCCUCAUCAUAAUGUCUGACGGCUCUCAUCAUAAUGUCUGACGGCCCUCAUCAUAAUGUCUGACGGCUCUCAUCAUAAUGUCUGACGGCCCUCAUCAUAAUGUCUGACGGCUCUCAUCAUAAUGUCUGACGGCCCUCAUCAUAAUGUCUGACGGCUCUCAUCAUAAUGUCUGACGGCCCUCAUCAUAAUGUCUGACGGCCCUCAUCAUAAUGUCUGACGGCCCUCAUCAUAAUGUCUGACGGCUCUCAUCACAAUGUCUGACGGCCCUCAUCACAAUGUCUGACGGCUCUCAUCAUAAUGUCUGACGGCUCUCAUCAUAAUGUCUGACGGCUCUCAUCAUAAUGUCUGACGGCUCUCAUCAUAAUGUCUGACGGCUCUCAUCAUAAUGUCUGACGGCUCUCAUCAUAAUGUCUGACGGCCCUCAUCAUAAUGUCUGACGGCCCUCAUCAUAAUGUCUGACGGCCCUCAUCAUACGUGUUUAGCUGCUGUUCACUGCCAUUCUCCUGUACCAGCAGACACCAGGGCCCGGUUGCAUAAAACAGCUUAAGUUAAUUUCCCCCGUAUCUUUUCCCUUAAAGUUUCCUAAACUUUAAGUCAGCUGCAUAAAACAUUUUAAGGCGCAUUCCCCCCUUAAAAACACUUUCUUGUAGUGGAAUGACCAAAGUGCCCUCUAACACUUAAGAUGUUUUAUGCAACCAAGCCCUGGCACUCAGAGGUUUCUCUGGGACUCUCUAUGAAUCACUUCUGAUUACACAUUCUCUCUCUCAGCCCUCUCACUGGGCACAUGCUGACAGUAACACCCACUGAACGCAUGACAACUAUCAGGCAUGAAAGGCAGCACAUACGUGGGUUUUGUAAAUAGUAUGUGAACAGGAAAGGCUUUUGUGGGGAGAGAGGCAUGCGUGAAGGCUGAAGAACGGCUGAAGUACUCUCUUUCUCUGUCCGGGCAGGUGGUUGAGUUUCUGUCCUGUGCUGUAGAAUGCAUGAAUGCUUGACGGCUACUGAAAUGAGUCUCUCUCUUUCUAUUUCUCUAUCUCGCUCUCAUUCUCUAACUAUGGGUAGAUAAGUUUUGUAAGGUUGCUGGCUUGGCGAUUGUCUGAACUCUUUCUCUCUCUCUCUCUCCUUCUCCCUCUCUCUCAUCCCCCUCGCUGUCAGGUGGUGAGUGCUCUGGAGUCCAACCCCACAGCAAAGCGUACUCAGCUCCACCACAAGUUUGAGCAGGUCAUUGCUCUGGUGGAGGACAACAUCUAUGAGUGCAGCAGUGAGGCCUGA